UCGAACCGGCGCCCGUCGCGCACGGCCAUACCGUAUACAUUCCGUAUUCGUACAUUCCAUGCGCGCGCCUGCGACGCGAGCUAUAGGUAGGUAGGUGCGCACUCCGCUGUCAUGAGUGCUGACAGAAAAUCAGCCCGAGAUAUACUCGCAGGCAGGGUUGCAGUUCGCCGAUACGAUUGAUAGAACGACACGACGCGUCUCCAAUUACUCGCACGCUCUUGAUAAUCACUGAAACGGAGCAGGUGACGCGAAUGCGACAGAUGCAACCCAGUGUAUGGGGUGUGGUGUCGGGAAAACAGGUGUUGGGCUAGCAGAGUUCUCGGAUAUAAAAUUAAGACGGGGGGAGAGAAGAGGGAAGAGGGAAGAACCGGGCUGACAUGCGGACUCGAUGAGCGAGACGUGCCGGCUGAUGAUUUCUGGGCGAAAACGAUGAAGUAAAAGGACAAACAGCUCUUGGAAUAUGUCGCAAACGACACCACCCAGAGGUAGUCCGACUCCGUCGAGGGUAGACAGCCCUGGCGGUGGCGGCGCCGAUGGUGGCGGCAGUCCGAGAACGCCACGUGGUAGCCGGCUGCGGGAUCGGGUGAGCUUUUUCGAACAGGUCUGGUCGGCCGGACGUAGUCCUAGCACCGAGGAUCUCCUGGAGGAUUCGGACGCGCGCAGAUCUUUCCGAUCGCCGACACCUCGGCGACCGUCUUCCAGGGCGAGUGACUCUUCGUUCGAGGAAAGCUUCGAGCGACUGGUAGAGGAAGGCGAGCUGAAUGGCGCCAAGGUCGUGAAAUUUGAGAAAAUCACCGUGAAGAAAAGCGUACGUGCGAUCAGCACGAGUAACGGCGACACCGCGGUCAUUCAGCAGCGCGCUUUGACAGAGUCGAGUAGGACUCCCAGCGAGGAGCAGAUCCUCGAAGACUCAGCCUAUCAGAGUCAUAGUCACGGCGUGCAGAGUCAUGGCAGCAAGUCCAGUUCGGUCACCUCCUUCACGAGGUUCCCCUCGGAGGAGAGCCUGUCGCAGAGGAGAUCCAGCAGUCCUCGGGUUCAGCAAUUGGGCCCGGACGAACGGCCGCCCUCGGAGUGGUACGCCGAGUAUCGCAGUCAGAGCUUCCAGAAUGUCGCCGCGAGAAUCGAAUACGUGCGCAGCAGAAGCGAGUACGACGCGCACAUCGCCGAGAUCAAAGACGAGCAAGAACGCGUGCAAAAGAAAACCUUUAUAAAUUGGAUCAAUUCUCAUCUGUCGAAGAGAGUCCAACCGCUUCGUAUUGAUGACUUAAUCGAGGAUCUGAAAGACGGUACGCGCCUUCUCGCGUUACUUGAAGUUCUUUCAGGGGAGAAACUGCCUGUGGAGAGAGGCCGUAAUCUAAAGAGACCGCAUUUCUUGAGUAACGCCAAUACUGCGUUACAAUUUUUACAGAGCAAGAAAAUCAAAUUAGUGAAUAUAAAUUCGUCCGAUUUGGUCGAUGGACGACCGCCGGUAGUAUUGGGCCUAAUAUGGACUAUCAUCCUAUAUUUCCAGCUACGAUCCAAGGAUCGCAAGCGGAUUGAAGAGAAUACGAGAGCCCUCGAGUAUCUUGGACAAACCUGGGGCAGCCAAAGCAGCCUCGAAAGCCUCGGCUCGGCGGCAAGCGAAAGGAAACGCAUCAGCAGCGAAAAAUGGAAACAAAGCGCACGGAAAACGUUGCUUCAAUGGGUCACCAACGCCUUGCCCAAGGACGUUGGUAUUCAAGUUCGAGACUUCGGAGAAAGUUGGAGAGACGGAAAUGCCUUCUUAGCUAUCAUCGAUGCUAUAAAGGCCAACUUAGUAAACAUAGCAGCUAUGAGAGAAGCGUCGAACAGAGCUCGGCUAGAAACAGCCUUCCAGGUUGCCGAAAUCGAACUAGGUAUUGCUCGACUGUUGGACCCCGAGGACGUGGAUGUACCGCAACCUGACGAGAAAUCGAUCAUGACAUACGUUGCCCAAUUUUUGCACAAAUAUCCGGAACCAGGAAACACGGCUCCUGAUUCCUUCGCGGCUAUACAAGAAGAAUACGACGGUCUACUUAAAUGGCUAAACGAGAGAGUCAGGCAUCUCGAACAACUUGAUAGAACAAACGCCUAUCCACAAAGUUAUCCGGAAUAUAUGUUGUUUAGAGCAGAGACUGAUGAGAAAUCAAUUAUAUAUAAAAAGAUGCAAAGUUUGGUCGAUACACCUAGUAUGAUAAGCAUCACACGAGAUUCUUGGAGACAUAUACAAAUGUUAUGGCAGCAAAUGGAACUCUUUAUGUUGCACUGGCUUUGGUUGUUAGAUUCAGUGUUACCGGGAGAAUUAGGAGAAGUCGGCAGAUGGUUGGCGAGAGCCGAAGCUCUCUUAUACUCGGACAAUAAUAUACCACAAGAAAUGUCAGAAAGCACGGCAAAUAUAAUCUCGAACAAACUAGAAGACCAUAAAAAAUUCUUCCUCGAUUUACCGGCAAUGACGGAGAAAUUCCAGCAUGUUAAGAACUCACCGUUGGCGAGACAAGUUCGGCCUGAACAAUUAGAUAACAUGUCCGCGCGCUUUGAUAGCCUGCCCGCUCACGCCGCUAAGAGAAGGGUGAAAUUAAAGUUCUUAGAGCACAAAUGUUGCCUGAUCGCUUUCCUAUACCUCGUUGAGACCAAACUGAAAGGCUGGAACAUCAAAUACGGCACAGAGGAGAAAGUGCACCAGAUGUUGGAGCAGUAUCGCAACUUUGUUUCACGAAACAGGAUAUUCCAGGAAUUUCAGAAGGCUUAUUUGGAUAUGCAGCAAGUUGCGGAGGAAUACAAGCGUGACGGUGAUAUUGAUCGAGAAGAGAGCCUCAAUAUUGAUCGCUUUAUGCGCGAGACGGCCGAAAAAUGGAAGAACGUGUCGAUGGAUCUGCGCUGCGCCCAAAGUAUGCUCGAAGAAGUUGUCGCAUACUGGCGUCGUUGGACCAUCGUCUCAGAUGAAUUCGAGGCAUGGUUACUUCGCGCUGAACCCGCCUUAAUUCUCCCAGAGGAAGAAAGGAUGGAGUUUUUUCAAGAUAUCAGCGUGUGGAAGGACAAACAUCAGCAGUUGUCGGACACUGUAAGCUUUCUGAUCGCCACAUCCGACGAAUCUGUUGCAUUUCGUCUGAAGGAGCGUUACACGAAUCUGACAGCGAGAUGGGAACAGCUCUUUCACGAAGCCAAACAGUAUAUGCACGCGGGUGAUCUCAUUCGAACGAGAAAGGACUACAAGACGGGAAUAGAGACUCUGCAGAACUGGCUAAGAGAUGCCGAAAUUGCCUUAUUGACCACCGGAUUGAGUUCUACUGAGCGGAUCAAGGCUUACGGAGAAAAAUUGCAGACUCUUCACAACGAAGUUGAGGGCAUUGAAAACCUCUUCAAGAAUAUCAGUAAAAAGUUCCAGAACCUUAUUCAGGAUUUGUCCCGCGAGGAAGUCGACAAGAUGAUGAACACUCUAAAGAAGGAGAAAGAAGCGCUUGUUAAGGUACGUGCCUUAAUACCAAUGCAAUUGCACUUAUAUCACCAAUUAUUGGUGCAACAAGAAUCCCUAGAAGCAGGGCAAAAAGAGAUAUCCGCGUGGCUAGACGAAGCCGAGAGUUUUUUAGCCAAUAUCAAUCUCGCGGGUGGUAGAGACGCUGUUCUAGCUCAAUUAGAUCGUCAUAAAGCUUUCUUUUCGAGAACGCUUUACUACAAAUCCAUGCUAGAAUCUAAGAACAAAGUGUUCGCUAACAUCGUCAAGGCUGUCGAUAGUCACGCCGACGUGGAGACCGCCGAAGGUGGAGCUACCUUGAGAGAACUUAAUGAUCGAUUUGUUAAAGUGUCUCAAGCGGCACAAGUCUGGGAACAACGUUUGCAAGAGUCUGUCCGACGCUGGACGAAGUUUAAAGAAUGCGAGCGGCAAAUCUCCGAAUGGCUCUCGGUUGCUGAGACGAUGAUCAACGAGAAGCACAUCGAUAACCGUCAAUCCGUCGAGUACCAUAAAAAUUUCUUCGGUAAAGUCAAGGAAAAAUGGAUACAGGAUCUCGUGAAGGCCGGUCAAGAUCUCCGGAAUGUAUUACCAGUUGAUCAGCAACUCUCCAUCGCAAACACGGUGGAAGCUCUUCAGAAUCGCUGGAGAGAAGUCCUGACCUUUGCGCCGCUUCAUCUAAUGAGACUCGAGUUCCGUCUAGAUGAGGCCAGCUUCCUUCAAUAUCUCAAAGAAAUCGAGAUGGAGAUCAGUUCUGAGCAGCAAGCACUUAUCAACAACGAUGACGUGGACGGUAUUCAGCAGCGCAACAGAGAAUUUUUCGUGAACCGGGGUACCGUCCUCGAGGUCGAGCGUUGCCUACAGACUUUGAAAAAAAUCAGUGAUGCCUAUAGCAAGCUCAAGCCGAGAGAUACCAGCCUGGCUGAUACUGCGCAAAACGCUGAACGUUUAUGGGAAGAAACCGCGCAGAAAGUGGAGAACUUGAGGGAACAGUUGCGCGAAGUUCCACAACAAUGGGCGACUUAUAGACAGAAGUUCGAUGAGAUGGUGCAUUGGAUGGAUCAUGUUGAUAGUACGUUGAGAACCAUUUUACACGAGGUCAAUACACUAGAAGAAUUCGAAAAGGAGAAAACUAUAUUUCAGCUCCAGACCUUGACGAAAAUCUGCCGUGAAGCUGACAGCAAGCGUGAAGAAAUGAAAUGGCUGGUUCAAACUCUCGACAACUUGACAUUGAAUCGUUCGGAUCGCGAUGCACUUACUGCACAGCAGAAUUUGGAGCAAUUGAUAACUCGAUAUAAGAACCUGAUACCGACGAUCGAAAUUACAAUGACGAAGACAGACAUCUAUUCAAAGAGUUACACAUAUCGCAAAGAGGUACGCGAAGUGUGUACUUUAUUGCGCAAGGUUCGUGAACAAUCAAAAGCCGACGUCGCACCAGAAGUUCCUGAAAAAUUACAAAGCGCGGUGGCUCAUCAAGAAUCCCGUCUUAAUCAAUUAGAGCAACAGCGAGCAACCAUUGUCAGUAUGUUACAACGCGGCAAAGAUCUUUUGAAAGAUCAACAUGCCCCACCUUUCGUCUCUUCCGAAGUUCAGCAGUUAGAAACCAACUGGAACGAUACGUACGGUCAAAGUAUGGAAACGUUGAAGUCUUUGAAGGACUCGCAGAAACUCUGGAAUACCUAUCAAGAACAAAAGGACGAGAUUUUGAGAUUGAUCGAGCAAGCUGAGAAAGAACUGCGUCAAAUUGAAUUGGCAUCUUAUUACGAUGCCGCUCAAGUAUCUGCUGACCUGCAGAAGAAACAGGAAUUCAACGGAAAUCUGAGAAAAUCAGCCGAGGAAAUGAUGAAGAAAUUACGCGAGACGUAUACUAAUCUUUCUCAAACGCUCACACCGCCAAACAAGAAAGAGAUCCUGGAAAAGGAAGUGACGGAGACCGAACAAAAGAUGGAGCAUACGCUGAAAAUCGUGCGCGAGAAAGUUGUUUAUCUUCAGGAACAUAGCACUCGAUGGAAUAAAUUUCAAUCAAACCUCAUGGAGCUCCGAUCCUGGAUUCAGCAAGCUGCACCCCAAUCAGUCGCGAAUAUCGAAGAGUCCACAGUUUCGCCUGAGGAAAGAGUUCGUCAAACGGAAAAUCUACAAAAAGAGAUAAAGGAAAAAGUGUCAAUUUUAAAUGCACUAGAAGACGAAUCCCGAAAACUCAUAAAAGAAGACCGUAAGGAUAUGCCGGCGAAAAAACUCCGCGAGGACAUCGAGAAUCUUCAUAAGGCAGUUGAAUCGUUGAAUAAGAGCAUAGUAACUCAACGUCAAUUGGCUACGCAAAAUCUUGAAACGUGGAGAGAAUACGAAGAAGGCAUUCAGAAGAUAAAACCUUGGAUUGAACAAGCGGAGUCUAAGGCAGCUACGAUGGGCAGCAAACCCACCACUUUGGCUCAAGCCACGCAAAUGUUAGAAUCGGCCAAGGCCUUUGAAGUUCAAUGUCAGCAGCAUCUUCCGAAGGUUCAGAGUUUGUCAACGAUUAGCCAGCAGAUAACCGGAAGAACAGUGGCACCUGAUGAAGUCGACGCUGUAUACACGCGAUGGAACGCAGUUCAUGACGUGGCGGUACAAACGACGACCAAGCUGGAUAAAUUAGUUUCAUCAUGGAACACCUUCGAAUCAGAAGCGAAAGAAUUUAAUGAAUGGUUGCAGAAUAGCGAAAGGGAAGCUCUGAAGGAACCCAACGUUCAAACACCGGAAGCCGCCAAGUUGGAGAAGGAAUUAGCGCUACUGAAAGAAUUCAACAAGAGCAUAUCCGAUCAUCAGGCCCAACUGAUAUCGUUGAUUCAAGUUUCCGAUCAUAUCAGUCAUGGUUUGUCGCUGGAUGGCGCCUCCGCAUUAAAGGGUCGCGUUGCUGAAAUGAAGACCAGAGUAAGCAAACUCGCGGACACAGUUCGACAUUAUAUUAAUCGUGUCUCUGACUCGUUGUUGGCUCGACAAGAAUUCCAGAUAAAGAUCAACGAUUUCGAGAAUUGGAUGACAAGACUAAGAUCUAACAUCAAUGAGAUCGGGGACGUGAACGUGGACAACGUCGAUACCAAUUUGCAAACGAUGCACGCUUAUCUUCAAGAGCAUUCGGAAAAACAACCGGCAUUCGCGGCAAUCUACGACGAAGUGAAACAACUGUCAUCGCGAGGUUCCAUGUUGGAAGCCGCUGCAUUGAACGAAACUUACACAUCCUUGGCGAAAAAGUACAAGGCUCUCGAAGACGAUCUGAGAGAGAAGAAGAAGGGUUUGGAGAAGUGGAUCGAACUUUUGAACUGGCAUAAUGAUGCCAAUGCACAAUUGAAUCAUUGUAAAUACGAAUCUGAAGCCAGAAAACCAAAUGUCGCUGAUCUCGAUAGACUUUCUUCGGAACUUCAAGUUGUAUAUACAAAGAUCAACACUUGGAAGGAACAGGCCCCACAAAUGGAUAGCACUUUGGGGAUACACGUUCGUGACAAGCAAGAGAGACCACUUACCGCGACUUCCUUAUUGAAUGAUCUUGAAUCCAAGGCUGCGGUACUGAAGACGGAAUUAUCCGUUAAACGCGACAAGUUGGAGAACCUCGGUGCUAAGUGGGAUAACUUCAGAAAAUUGCAGCAAAAAAUUACAGAGGAAAUCGUCAAUACUCAGACGAGCCUGCAAAACAUCACGUAUGCCGUUGACACUUGCGAAAAACUCGCGCCGGCAAUUGAGAAGAUAGACGAUCUGAUUGAGGAUCAUCAGAGACGAGAACCAGAAAAGGAAAUCCUUCAUCGAGAAGGUGAUAACUUGAUGAAGGAGGAUCAACGAGCGAUAACUAACAUUCAGGUAGUGGUCUCUUCGGUGGAUGGUAAUUGGGAAAAAGUGAAUGAACUCUUGCGUGAGCAGAGAAGGAAAUAUGCUGAAAUGGAUACAGACUGGAAACAGUAUCAAGAAGCCAAGGAGAAAUUAAACAAAUUCAUCGAUGAAGCGAAAAAUCUUUGCCAGUCGGUCAAAGAUGUACCAACCGACAUCACCCAGGCAAAUGUGGCUCUGGAAAAACAUAAGAGAGCUUUGGAGACCUUGAAGAAGGGUAAACAAUUUUUGGACAAGAUGGACGGCAAGGCGCAACAACUGGCGAAAGAGACGUCGUUAAUGCCGAACUUCAAGACCAGUCUGAUCGAAUCAGACCUAUCCGAUAUACGAAAAAAAUACCACGAGAUUAACGCCAAGGUGAUCGAUCGGACUCAAGCAUACGAAACGCAAGUCAUCAUCUGGAAGCAGAUCGAAGAAGCGAAGUACGAACUCACAAAGUGGCUCGGCGACACGAACGAGGCGCUCACCGCGGCUUGUGAGCGUUUACUCGACGCUGAAAGCGGACAAGCGCUAUUAAUUAGGUAUCGCGAGGAAUUACCAGUGUAUCAACAACUUCGUCAGGGUAUCGCCACAAAAACCGAACAACUUAUCAAACUAAAUGACGACAUGGACAUACCGACUUUGAAAUCCCUCAAUGAUUUAUUGGACGAUGAAUUCAAGGUUGUUAAAGAGGCCGCGGAUAAGCUCGCGUCGUUCACGUCAACUUUCAAUGAGAAGGAGAAAGGUAUUAGACAAGAGUUGAAGAAAUGCAGCGACGCAAUAUCGAAGAUCCGCGAAGAGAUAAUCAAGUGCGAUGAUCUAACCGGCGAGAAUGCCAAGAUUCUGCACAGAAUCAAUAAGUGUCAAGAAUUGAAAGCCGAGCUGGAAAAGUGCGAUUACGCACUUUCGGAAAUUGACGAAAAAUUGACGGAUAUGGCAUCAGAAUAUCCAACUAUAUCGAAAUCCAGCUUGCCGAAAGAGUUGCAGGCGUUGCAACUCCGUAGGGAUGGCGUGGUCAGUCAUGCCGACAAAGUUAAUGCCACGUUGGUAGCCUUCUUGACAAAACUCUAUCACGAGAAAUUUGGCGCUCUACAGCGCAUGGUGGCGACUCACAAGGAAAAAGUAGCCUGGUGCGAGCCCGAACAGAGCAGCGAUCGUUACAAUCUUGAGGUAAAAAUGGCCUCGUUGGUCGAUGUGGAAGACGGCAUUGCCGAUUGUGAAGCACGAAGAGCGGACACGGAUAAUUCGUUGACACUUCUAAGCACCGUCGAGAGUACCGAGACAAUCUCCGCUCUCAGAGAGGAACGCGACAAAGUCACCGCCGAUUUAGAGUCCCUGAAGGUCAAUUAUCGCAGGAUCAAAUCCGUGCUGAAGCAAAAUAUUGCUUUAUGGCAACGGUACGAGCUCACAUCGGAAAACGUGGUCAUCUGGCUCAAAGAGAAUGAAAACAAAAUCAGAGUGGAGGCCACGAUGCUCCUAAAUCCGGACGAGAUCGACGCAAAGAUCACCGAGACAACGCAGCUUCAGAAAAAGGUUGAGAAUUAUGAAAGCGAGAUGAAAGAUUUGAUUGCGCUUGGAGAAGAGAUUGCCGAAGUUAGCCCAGAGUCCCGCGUGGCCCAAUACGUAGGACAUUUGAACACGCGUUAUCAUUCGGUGCUCAAGUUUCUAGUUCAACAUCUAGACAGACUCAGAGAACUCAAACAAAUCAGGGCUCAAUAUGCCACUAAUGUGAAAGAGCUGGAAUCGUGGUUACUAAAUGCGGAACAGAAAUUGAAAAUUUUCGACGAGAUCAGCGGCCCGAAACCGAUGACCUUCUAUCAAUCUCGAUUAAAAGAAUUGAAAGCGUUUGGGGAGAAACGCGAAACUGGACAAGCGAUUUUGAAUCGAACAGCGGAAGCGGGCGAAACGCUUUUUACGAGGAUAACACCAGAUCAAAGAGAACUCAUUAGAAGUGAGCUGAGAAAUUUGCGUAGUCGUGUGGAAGCCUUGGCUGAUCGCGCAAACGUGAUCUAUAAGAAAAUCGAGAGUGACAUGAUGCAUCGAUCCUCGUUCGAAGACAAGUAUUCUCAGGUAAAGCAGUGGUUAAUUGAGGCACGAAAGAAAUUGGGUGAUAAGCAGGAUCUGUUACCGUCACUUCAAGAGAAGAAACUCGCCUUGCACUUGUAUAAAGCUAUCGCACAAGAUGUCGUAGUUCACCGAAACAUUCUGGAACAACUUCAGGACAGGCUUGGAGCAGCACCGGACGACGAGGCCAGCGAGAUGCUCAACAGCGUUAUCGAAGCGCACGAGAAGCUAUCAGAAGACGUGGAUGAUAGAAUAGGUAUAAUGGAAAAGCACGUUGCCAAUCACGAGGCUUACCUCCAGACAUUCGAGAAGAUGCGAGAUUGGAUCAACGCGGUGAUAAACGAGGCGGCGCCCAUCAGCGAGGAUCUCUCAGUAGAUCGAGAUGCAGCGAAAUCUAAAAUUGCUUUGAUCGAGAACGUAUUGCAACAGAAGUCCGAGGGCGAUAGGAUUAUAGCCGACUGCAACCAACAAUUGAAUAUCAUUUUGGAGCAAACCUCGAUAGCCGGCCAUCCCGUAUUGCUGAGAGGUUUCGAGCAGCAGAAGAAAGUUUGGGAGGAUUUCCUUCAACGAUGCAUCUCAGGCAGAGAUAAACUGAAUCAACUGUUCGACCAAUGGUCCGAGUUCGAAAGAGUAGUCGAGCGUCUAGAAUCUUGGCUCAAGCAGAUCGAAAUGCAGGUGAAAGAUCAAAGCCUGAAGAGCACCGAGGAAUCGAAACGCGCGCACUUACAGAAAUUGAAGUCCCUGGAAGAGACUAUCGUGGCAAAGGGCGCAGAGUUCAACGCGGCGGUUGAGAAAAGUCAAGGCGUAGAAGCGGAAUCUGAUUUAGUUACCAAAAUAUCUCGUCAAGCUACCAGGUAUCAAGCGAUCAGGAAUCAGGCGAAGGAAGCUGUAACGAGGUACGAACAAUACGUAAAGGAGCAUAAUUUGUUCAACGAAAAAUACAAUCAAUUCUUGAAUUGGAUCAACGAAGCUCAGGAGGAAUUGAAGAAACAUAGCGAGAUUGUUGGCGAUCUGGCGGUGUUACAAAGCAGACAGAAGCACAUCAGGGAUCUCGGCGACGUACGGACUCACGAAAAUGCUCGUUUCGAGUCCGUCAUCGAUCUCGGCGAGAAACUCUACGUGCACACUUCGCCAGACGGUAGAGAGAUAAUCAGACAACAGUUGAGAAAUCUGCGCGGCCUGUGGGACGGAUUUUCUGAGGAUUUGCAGAACUCGAUGCAGAAGUUGGAUCAAUGUCUGAUGCAGUUUGCCGAAUUUUCGUUAUCCCAAGAGCAAUUAACGGCUUGGCUGCGAGACGUCGAGCGCGCGAUGCAUCAGCACACAGAACUGAAAUCAUCGUUGGAGGAAAAACGCGCGCAAUUGCAGAAUCACAAAAUCAUGCACCAAGAAAUCAUGUCGCAUCAGACGUUGGUCGAAUCGGUUUGCGACAAAGCGCAACAAUUGGUCGAUCAAACCAAGGACACUUCUCUGAAUGUCUAUCUGCUAUCCAUCAAGCAGCUCUUCCAGAAUAUCGUUGCUAAAUCGCGAGAUUUGUUGGAAAAUUUGGAGGACUGCUGCGAGAAGCAUCAUCGUUUCAAUCUGCAAUGCAAAUGCUUCUCCGAUUGGUUGAAUGGUGAACGAGAGAAACUGGCAGAAUGUAACGACAUAACGGGCGAACGAUCUGAAAUAUCUCGCAGAUUAACGAGCUUGACGAUGUUAAAAGACGGCCAGGCACAGGGAGCGGAACAUCUCAUGAGGUUAAAAGAAUUCAGCGAAACUGUGGCUAAUAGCACCGCGCCGAAAGGUCGGGAAGUUAUUAACAAGGAAGUGAUCAGCUUGGAAAAUAAUCUGCGCCAAUUCCUGAGCGAAAUCGAAUCUGUAGAAGAGCGACUGAAAACAGCUUUGGAGAAAUGGCAGAACUUCGAGGAUCAGCUGGAAGUUCACACGAAAUGGUUUCGUUCCAUGGAGGCGGCAUUCCGAGACCAACAGCUGCAGCCUACGCUGAAAGAUAAAGAAGCGCGACUACGCGCAUUUAAAGAAAAACGCGAGAUUAUCGUGCGGCAGGAGCGAGAGAUAGACGAAUUCGUAGACAAGUCGCAUAGUUUACUGCACGCGAGUGGUAUCGAACGCAUCAAGCCAUUAAUUUCCCAAGUCAGCAACAGAUAUCAACUGCUGCACGUACUCAGUAAGGAAGUGAUAAACCGUUGCCAAAGCAUCGUAGAUGAUCAUCGUGCUUACGAAGAGAAAUUGAAGGCCAUCGAUGUUUGGCUUACGCCUCUCGAGAAAAACUUGUCUAUCUUGAAGAAAGAUGAGAUCGGCGGAGACCUCGAAACGAGGAACUCGCGUUUGCAAGUUUUGCUAGCCGAAAAAGAGCAAGCUGAACAUCGUUUAGCUAGCUUAACAUCUCUCGGCGAAAGGAUUCUUCCGGACACAUCCGCUCAAGGGCGUGAAGUAAUUAGACACGAAUUACGAAACGCUCGUGAAAGAUGGGAUCGCUUAGCAGAAGGGAUCACCGAGCAACAGAAAAAGCAAGACGCUCAAUCUUUACAAUGGUCUAGUUAUCAAGAGACUCUACAACAGAUUCUGACCUGGUUGGACACAAUGGAACGUGCAGUUAAACAAGAUUCCUCGAUUGUGUGGUCUUCCUUGCAGGAAACAAGAUCGAAACUACUCAAAUUGAAGACAUUACAUCAAGAGAUCUUGGCUCAUAAACGUCUCAUCGAAGGCAUUUCCGAGAAAGCCAACGCUUUGGUUCAAGUUACUCAAGUUCCAUCGGAUGUUCAUGAAAAAGUCGUUUCGGUUUCGAAGAGAUAUGAGAAGCUAGUGGAUACAUCUCAGAAAGGGAUAUCCAGCUUGGAGGCAUUGCUCGAUAUUUUCCAGCAGUUCCACGAUCUGCAGAAAGCUUAUCAAGAUUACCAGAAGCGUCAAUGGGAACGCUUAGCGAAUUACAGCGAUUAUACAGGAAACAAGACUGCUCUUCAGGCCAGAUUAGCUAAAGUUAUAGAGAUACAGGACAGUCAAAGCGAAGGUGAGAUAAAGCUGAAUGUCCUUGGAGAACAUGUCGCGCAAAGUGCGAGUACCCUACCACCUCGCUCGCAAGAAUCUAUGGAAAGAGAUUUAGCCAAUCUUAGAUUUGAAAAUAAAAAAUUCGCUACAGCUGUAAGCGAUGUGGUACGUUGCAUCGAAGAAAGAAUACAACAAUGGAGUGAAUACGAAAAUUCGUUAGAACGUUUGCUCGCUUGGCUUACUGACGCCGAGACAUCAUUGAAGAACUAUUGUCUGAAGAACACGCUUGAAGAGAAGCAGGAGCAACUUGAAAAAUACCAAGAACUACAGAAGGUCGCCGAUUCGCGAAACACGGAUGUGACAGAACUGGUUGCGCUUGGUGACCAUCUCGAACAAUCACUGAUUGUGAAUCUCCGGCAAAAUGAGGCUGAAUUCGACAAAAUGAGCGACGACUCGUCGGAAUUGAUGCAAAUUAGUGGGGAGACUCGAUUUUCUGUCAGCGUUCAACAAGUUACGUCACGUUUCCAAUCGAUCCAGGCGACAGCCAAGGAACUGGUAAAGAAAUGCGAACAAGCGGUCGUAGAUCAUGCCAACUAUUUAGAUCGUUAUAAACAAUGCUCUGAAUGGCUAGCGAGCGUAAGAGUGCGUUAUCAGUCCUCCAAGGACGCCAGUGAUACGCGUCAAAAGCUGAUCUCGAACGUGGAAACCUUAAAGGAACUCUUAGCUCGUCAGUCUUCAUCUACUCUUUUGAUUAACAGCACCGUCGAGGCUGGGGAACGAUUGUAUCCCACGACUGGCACGGAGGGCCGAGAGAUUAUUCGUCAGCAAUUGCUGGAUCUUCAGCAAGCCUUCGAAGAGCUUUACGAUGGUAUCGCUUUGACCGAACGUGAGUUGCAAGCGAAGAUUUCGCGGUGGUCCGAUUUUGACGAGUGCAGCGAGGCCUUUGAGAACUGGUUGAAGAACACAGAGGCUCAGUUAAAGCCAGAGAUCGAACUGAAAACUACCCUGGAUGAGAAACGUGCUCAGUUGCGGAUCUAUCGUACCAUCUUACAUGAUGCUCAAGAUCAGCAAGAUUUUUUGCUGAAUCUCCGAGAUAAGGCGGAUAAUUUGCCCGAUCGUACAGACAAGAUCGAUCAAACACUGAAUAAUUUUACGAACAGACACAAUGUACUACUGAAACGCGCGACGAAAUUUGUAGAAAGAUACGAAGGUAUAGUGAGCGAUCAUAAGCAAUACAGUAAGGCUGUCUUAGACACGCAUGAAUGGUUGGAUGCCACGCACAACGCCGUGAGUCUCUGGGGUGACGUGGAACUGGAGAGAGUGUCCCUGCACACGAAUUUAGAUCGCCUAACGAAUCUACUGCACAGUUUGCCGGAAGAUGAGUCGCGAGUACAACAAAUCAGAUCUCUGGGCGAGAAAGUAAUACCCGGUACUGUUGAAUCAGGACAGGUGAAUAUCCGCUCGCAGAUUGAUUCCUCGCAGCAAGAAUGGGAAAGCUUAAUCUCAGCCGUCAAAUCUACUAUCGAGGCGUUGGAGAACAAACUUCAGCAAUGGAAUGAAUUCGAGACAUCGAAGGAGCGAUGUCUAGCGUGGAUGAGGGAUACUGAUACAAAGUUACACGCCGUCGAUCUCAAGCCGACAUUGGCAGAUAAGAAGACUCAGCUUGAGAAAUUACGCGCCCUCCAAGGUGAAGUUCGCGCCAAAGAAUUAGAAAUCGAUGCUGUUGCUGAGCGGGCUCAUCAACUUCAUAAGACUGUUACUUCCCGUACUUCUUAUAUAUCGGAGCUGAGUAUCAAAUAUCAACAGAUUUCUAGUAAAGUCAAAGACCUCAAUAACCGUUGGCAUCAGUAUGUUGCCACGCAUCAAGAAUUCGAUAAUCAAUUAGCGGAAUGUACCACAUGGUUGGAAGACAUAAAAAAUAAGCUGGCGUAUUGCUCCGAUUUAAGCGCAUCUUCGCAGAAAGAUCUGGAGCAGAAAAUGGACAUUGUGCAAGAUCUAUUGUUAUACAAAGAGGACGGUUUCGCAAAAGUUCAGGGUAUCGUUGAACUAGCCCAGGCUGUUUUAGCGAAUACAGCUCCGGCUGGCCAUCAAACGAUUAAUGACGCUUUAGCGAAACUUCAGGAACAAUGGAGUGCCUUGGCGUCAAAGAUGCUAGAAACUAAGACGAAUUUGGAUGACUCGAUAAACAAAUGGGCCGGUUUGCUGGAGCAAAUACAAUCUAUCAACAAGACGGUGGAAUACAUGCAGACGUCGAUCGACGAGAUUUCGCAGUUUCAAACAACGAUAUCGGAGAAGAGAAACCAACUGGAGCGAAUCAAGACGCUCGAGGAGAAGGUUCGUUGCGAAAAUAUCGAGGUUGACAGUCUCAAAUGCAAGGUCGCCGAGAUGAUCGCGAGCGGUCAGCAAGGAUUAGCCGCCUCGCAAGCCCAAGAUAUACUGAACAGAUUCGACGAACUUUUCGAGAAGAUCAAAUCUCUGUUGGCCGAACGAGAGGAACAAUAUAAAGACCACCGUCUUUACAAAGAAGCUCAUGAUGACAUAAUCGGUUGGCUCAGCCGGGCUCGCGAGAAGAUACCAUCUAUGAAGCAGAGAUCGCUCAGCGAUAAACUAGCGAUCGAGAGCGCAGUGGUACCGCUCGAGAGUCUGUUGAACAAGAAAGCUCAAGGUGAAUUGUUGGUGGAACAUUUGCAACAUACUGGAAAGGUUGUUUGCGCCAGCACCAGUCCCGUCGGACAAGAAGUUAUCAGGAACGAAAUACGAGCGCUCACGGAAAGUUUCGAAGGAUUGUUCAAAGAGAUUCAGCACCAGAAGGAUCAAUUGGAGGCUACCGUGAGUCAAUGGCGCGAUUAUAAGGACGAAUACGAGAGACUCAGCGAUUGGUUGCAACAGUUCGACAUUCUCAUCAAAGCUCAAAAAAAUGCUCUUUUGCCGAAUUUGAAAGAGAAGAAGAAACAGGUGCAGGAAGUGAAGGAAUUGCUUGAUAAUUUAAUAAAGGGCCAAGAGCAGAUUGAUAAAUUCAACAAAACGGCCGCCGGUUUGCUUUCGUCUCACUUAGACACUUACGUCAACAAUCAGCUGCGGCAUUUGAACUCGCGUUAUCAGGUGCAAGUGAAUCUUGCGAAAGACGUAUUGAACAAGGUCGAAACCAAUCUGGCUCAACAUCAGGAAUAUGAAAGUAACCUUGAAAAAGCUCGCGACUGGAUCGAAAACGCCAAGCAAAUUAUACGUCAAGGAACAGAAGCUGCUUCGAGCAGCAGUCGCGAAGAAUUGCAGGGUAAACUCGACAAGAUCCAGGAAUUGUUGAGAAAACGUGAGGAAGGCCAGAAUCUGAUACACCUGACCGUGAAUUGCGGUGAAAAGGUCAUGAGAAACACACGAUCGGAUGGUCGUGAGGAGAUCAACGCUCAGUUAAAAGAAAUUCAAAACGACUGGGAGCGGCUGGUAAAGAAGAUCUCAACCACAAAGGUGCAUCUCGAGACGAGUCUGUUGCAAUGGGCGGAUUACAGUUCGUCGUAUUCGCAGCUGCAGCAGUGGAUUAACGAUCGCGAGGCCAAACUGCAGCAGGUGUGCGAGCAGAAAGUCUCCAAAGCUCGAAAAGGUUUAGUUGGACUGAGCUCUUUAGCGAUCGGAGAAAGGAAAGCGAACUUGCGACAAACUAACAGCAUCGUACAGGAUAUUGUGGCGUUCGAGCCUAUGAUUCAAUCAGUCACCACGAAGGCUGAAGACUUGCAACAGGCGACGCCGGCCACGGAAAUCUCGAUUAAAUACGAGACUUUGAGCAAGCAAGCUCAAGAAUUGUACGCGAAACAAAAGGAGACCGUCGAACAGCAUCAGGCCUUCAUUGACAGCGGUAAUGAAUUUGUUCAAUGGAUACGAGCAGCUAAAGAGAGACUCGGCAAGUGCUCGGAGCCCACGGGAGAUAAAGAAUCUUUGGCCAGUAAAAUCACACAGCUCAAAGUUUUGCAGAGCGAAUUGCCCGAAGGUCAGAAGAAGCUGGAGAAAGCCCUAGAGCAAGGUAAUGCCGCCUGUCAAAUCGCAGAUGCCGAAGACAAAGAGAUAAUCGAGGAAGAAGUAGCGCUAUUGCAAGAAGAAUACGAUAACUAUGUAGACUCGCUGAAUAACACGAAGGGUUUGCUCGAGGUCGGCAUAGUAAAGUGGACUGAAUAUGAGGAUCAGUUCUCCGAAGCUACAGAAUGGCUUACGCAAACUGAACAGUUGGUUCAAACGUUUAAUAAAUUGCAAGAUGGUCUAGAAGAGAAGAAAAACGUUCUCGAGCAGUUUCAGAUUCAUUUGCAAACAUUGUUUGACUGGCAAAAGGAAUUAGACCGUUUAAACAUGAAAGCUCAGAUGUUGUUGGAAACAUGUGCCGACACGAGAAUUUCUAAUGCAAUAACACAACUUACUACCAAGUAUAACGCAUUGCUAUCUCUGGCUAAAGAAAUAAUGCGGCGAUUAGAAUUGCAUUAUCAGGAGCAUCAACAACACAAUACCUUGUACCAAGAGUGUCAAGAUUGGAUCGAGCGCACGCGAGAUAAAUUGAGCGAAUGUAAAGACACUCCCAGUACAUUGACCGAGGUUAACAAUAAGUUACACACGUGUAAAGCUAUUCGGCAGACGUUAGAACAAGGUCAGAACAAAUUGCGAUACGCUCUGGAAUUGAAAGAGAAAGUAAUUAUGAACACGGAACAAAAUGGUGCGGCGAAGAUUCAAGAAGAUACCGAGAAUUUAAAAAGCGAAUUUGAUAAGCUGUUGAUCGACGUUGAAGAUGUGAGACAAAGAUUGUCAGCGAGAGCGAGCAUGUUAGAGGAGCUUAACAAGAUUCACCGACUUACUUCUGAUUGGUUGGAGGAAGUUGAAGGCAAGGUUCAAUCAGGAGAUGUUUGCCGAAACGAUCUCAGCGAAAAACGCGCUCUGUUAGAAAAAUAUAAGAUCCUCCAAAGAGACAUUCACGGUCAUGGCGAGACGGUGGACCGCUUGAAAAGUCGUCUCGCUGAAAACCCCAGCAUAUCGAAAAGUCCUUACGAAUCAACAAUCACUAAGUAUGACAGCUUGAAGAAAUUGAUUUUUGAAAAAAUUAAUAACUUGGAAGAUCAAGUCAAAGAUCACGAGAGAUUCCAACAAGCUCUAAAUGAGGCAGGUGAUUGGAUGCGUCGUACGAAAGUCGAACUUCAACAGUACAGUGAUACUCAUGGCGAAAAGGAGCGAAUCAUCGAACGAGAGAAUAAAGUCAAUCAAAUCAUUUCAUCCUUGCCGAAAGGCGACGCGUUAAUCUCGAAGGUGAUCGAACUGAGCGACGUUGUGAUCUCUAAGACGGGACCCGAGGGUCAAGACUCCAUUAAGCAGGACAUGAAACAGAUACAGGCUGACUGGAAAUCCUUGCAAGCACAAUGUCACGAUUCACAACAAACUCUCGCAAAUUGCAUUUCGAGCUGGUCCCAAUUCACGAACACGUUAGACGGAAUGAAACAGUGGAUAGAUCACUUCCAGAAGAAGAUCGCAGAUGAACAGACCAAAGAGAACAAAACUCCUGAGGAUUUAGAGCGUUGUAAACGUUUGGUGGAAGAAGCGGUUAAGCAAAAACCAGUCUUGGAAGACUUGAAUGACAAAUGUGAAGCUUUGUUGGAGAUUAGUGCUUGCAGUUGGGCGCGAGAUAGGACGGUGCAAUUGCAAUCGGCAUACACGUCUCUUUUGACCGACGCGCAAGGGCUCGUUUCAAGAGUCGAAAAGAAUCUAGCCGAUCAUACCGAAUUUUUGAAAGCUAAGAAGGAGAUGGAGGAUUGGUUACGCACAGCUCAGGGUUCAGUAGAAGAUUGCAUCGGUGUAGGAGACACGGCUUGGGCAAAGGAUAAAUUAGAGACUUUGAAGCUGGUCGCAACACGUGUGACGGAAGGUCAACAUCUACUAUCAACGUUGCAGAACGCUUUCGCAAAGGCAAUUAACACGGCUCUUCCAGAGCAACAAGAUCCAUUACGAUCAGAUAUGGCCAAUUUACGUUCGAAUUGGGAACAGUUGAGCAUAGAUCUCAAUACGGUUCAAGCCAAAGUAAAAUCGGUUCUGAGUCGAUGGGAGGAUCAUGCGGAAGCGCAUAAUAAAUUCGCAAGGUGGUUAGAAGAGAACGAAGGCGUCGUUAAAGAUUCUCCAGAUACGAAGGGCGAGUUCGGCGAAAUGAAGACAAUGCUCGAACGAUAUAAACACAUUCAAGAAGAAAUUCGCAAUAAGAAGUCCGACUUAGAUCAUCUGAUGACGGAAGCAACGGAACUGUCAGCAUGGGCGAAAAACAACGCGACGCUAAACGAAACGAAACAACUAUUAGAUCGAUGGAAGGCGCUAGCCGAACUCGUCGGCGAGAGGAAAAAGUUGAUGGAAAACGAGAUGCAAGAGUACAACGCGUAUCAUGCUGCUCUGCAAGAAACAGAAAAGUGGCUGUUGCAAAUCUCCUUCCAACUAAUGGCACACAAUUCUCUCUAUAUCACCAACAAAGAACAAACGAUCGAGCAGAUCAAACAGCAUGAAACAUUGUUAGGUGAAAUUCAGAAAUAUCAGGAAGUAUUAGACGAACUAAAAUCGAAGGGUCACGGUCAGAUAGAUCGAUAUGUCGGCGCAAAUCCCACUAUUAGAUCAACCAUAGAGACGCAGUUGCAGAACGUUCAGGACAGUUACAAUUCGCUGUUGAAUACUGCUUUACAAAUCAAGAACAGACUGACGGAGUCUCUGGCCAAGUUCCAGGAAUACGAAAACACCCUGGAGAGCAUCAUGAAGAAUCUGGACAUGUAUGAAGCGGAAAUGACUCAAGGAUUGGAAGCUCCAUUGGAUAACUUAACUUCUGCCGAGCAGGGCCUCGAGAGUGCUCGCACUCUGCACAACAAGCUGCAAGCUGAAAAAGCUCGAUUGGCAUUAGCAGUGGAAGCUUGCGAGGCUGCGGCGGCAUGCGUCUCUAGACCCGGGAGUCCUCUCGAUGCUCCACCCAUUCAAGUCCCCGCGAGAGAAGUCGAAGUCAGAACAAGACUCGAUGAUCUUAUUGACCAGAUGCAAACGCAUUUGGCGAAUGUGAUGAAAACGGUGGGUGAACUCGAGGAGCAACUGCGACAAAAGAAUUCGCUCCGUACUUGGAUUAAUCAACAACGGGCCCUCUGCGCUGAAUGGAAGUCUCGACCAGCGAAACUGCGAGCAGAAGCUGCCCAGGCCGAGUUGCAGGCGAUGAAUGAAUUACUCACCAAUGUAGGCGAACGUCGCACUCGCGCAUUGACGGAGUUGUCGAUUCGCGAAGAGGACCAUGACAUUGAGGAAGGAUUGAACAAGCUGGAGGCCGAACUGACUGACGCAAUCGCUGGAAAACAAGCGGCACAGGAUCUCAUCCAGAAGUACAGGUCACAAGUGCAGGAUAUUCAAACGUGGCUGGAUGGCCUGUCGAAGAAAGUCGAUAUGAUCGAGAAGGGUAGUGGACUGACUAUCGGUCAGAAAAUUUCAAAUCUUAAGGAUAUCACGGGCGAAUUUGAGUCUCAGGGAACGGAAAAAUUGGCAGAGGUCAAGAAACUGGGCGACGAAGUGAUGGAUUCGGUCAGUAAUCUGGACUCUCAGCAGAUAGAAGAGCAAAUCAAGUCAGUGGAAAGGCGAUACGUGGACAUUGGUAAGAAGUUACAAAGGAAAGCCCAGGUCUUGGAAAUGACGGCACAGGGCAUCGAAGCAACCAGGCGAGAGAUCGAAGAGAAUCGUGAGUGGAUUGAACGGAAGAAGCAACAGGUAAAGAUGCCCGAGUUGCUUGGCUUCGAAAGCAAACAGGCGGAGGAAAGACUGCUCACUCUUAAGGCUAUGCUGAAAGAGGCGGAUGGAAAGCAAUUAAUUAUAGAUACGUUAGAAAAGAGAGUUGGAAAUAUGCAGAACGAGCUAGAAACCAGCGAGCAGCAACAAUUAGAAGCCGACACGAAGUCUUUACGCGGGGAGCAGGUUGAGUUAUGCGCCAUUUUGAGGGAAGAAAUAUCCGUCGCAAGUGCAGCGGCUGAUGCGCGUCGCAAAUUAGAAACUGAUAUUGAAAAAGCACGAAAUUGGAUAAGGGCCAAAGGCAACGACUUGAAGAAACUCAGCGGAUAUCUGCCUCUGAGAGCUUCGAAGGUUGAGCAAGAUAUCGCUCAACACAGCGGAUUGGAAACGGAUAUAGAUUCCUUUAACGAAAGCAAUCUUAAAGAUAUUCUUAAACAAGGGCACAGCUUGCUGAAGGAUUGUAAUGCAGACAGUCGUGCCAAACUCCAGGCUCUCUUGGACGACCUAAGUAAGGAUUAUGAGGAGUUGAAGAAGGAGGCAAAGGAAAAACAAGCCUCGUUGGCAGAUCUUCUUCAGGGACGCAAGGCUUUCGAAAAUGAAUUGGAUAAGUGUCAACGAUGGAUUAAGGAAGCUGAAGUGGCAACCUCUUCCGAAUUGCGACCUUCCAGUCUUGACAUUCUUCGAGAACAACUUGCUAAAUACGAUCGACUGAAGAAAGAGGCACAAGAGUACGGUGAUGACAUAGAAAAGAUAAACCAGCAAGGAAAAUCAAUUUUGCCGACUGUAAGCGACGCCGAUAAGCAGGAAUUGAGCGAACAGUUGAAAAAUAUGAAGGAAGCUCACGGACGAGUGGCUGGUGUGAUAAAUGAGAGAGCACUCGCGCUCCAGAAGAGCAUAGACGAAGCCGAACAAGCUGCCGCGCGAGUGGCGGAGGCAAUUCAAUUCAUGACAGAUAUUCAGAAAGAGCUUCAUGAUCUGAACAAGCCGAUCGGUGCUCGCGUGGAAGACGUGGAGGGAAUGUUGACCGCUUAUGAAAGAAUUUUGGACGACCUCAAAGCAAACAAAGCUAAAUUAUCCGAUCUUCAAUCCGCUAAUGUGGGAGAUCUACAUGGCGUGCUGGCCCAACAAGACGAUCUAAUAAGAGCUCUCGAAGCGCAAAUAGCGAAACUUCGUCAAUUGCUACUACUACGACAACAAUUUAUCGCCUUAAUUGCAGAGAUUACUACUUUUAUUGCCAAGUACACUGAAAUUGUGCGGGAUAUCGAGAAAUCCGGACAAACAACGGAAGACAAAAUUAAAAGAUACGACGACGUUAUAUUAAAAAUUCAGGAAUGCGAAGCUACUCUUGCUAGUGCGACGGACAAAGGACAGCAAAUAGCGGGAGAAGGUUCGGUCGUGGAUAGGAACAACGUGACGGAACAGCUGCAGUCGUUGAAGCAACAAUUACAGGCCCUCCGAAGAGCAGUAGAGACGCAAAGAGAACAACACGAACUGGCAGCAGCCGAGCAUAGAAGACUCGCUAAUGAAUUGGCGGACAUUCUCGAUUGGCUUGAGAGCAAGGAGAAGGAAGUCAAAUCCAGACCGCUAUUAGAGAGAGAUCCGACGAGUGUCGAGGCGGAGUUGAAAAAACAUCAAGCUCUUUGCGCCGAUGUGAACGAAUAUCUAGAUAGAAUCAGAAAUCUGAAAGAAUCACUGCGGCAUGAAGAAGGAAUGCCUGGAUCCUUAAAGGAGAUGUUAAGCGAGGCAGUUUCCUUGUUGACGUCCUUACCGCGAGAGAUGGAAGAGCGUGGAAAUUAUUUCGAGAGUAACAUGCAGAUGAGAUUGGAUUACGCAGCUCUCACAGACAAGCUUCACAGUUGGGCUCGUGAAGCUGAGAUUCGACUCGAAAGCAACAAAGAGGGUCUCGAUUUUGAAAAUAUUCUUAGCGAUUUGGAGGAACAUAAGAUAUAUUUCAGCACCGAAUCUUCGAUACGCGAACUCGUUUCACAACAGAUUCAACAGGUGGCAGAUAAGAUCUGGCCGUCUUUAGAUAGUUACGAGCAGGAGGAGUUAAGUGUCCAACAACAGCAACAUACUCAGUUGUUAAAGAAUACCCUCAAUACGGCUAAGUCGCAACGUUCACGUCUGGAACAGGGUGCAGAAAUGUGGAGAGAUUAUACGCAGAGUCUGGAACGUGUUCGUGCUGUCAUCAGCAGAACCAAAUUUACGGAUAAACCGGUUACUGCAUUAGCUGGAUUGCAAUUCAAUAUUCAGAAAAUCGCACAUGCUCUCAAUGAUAUCCAGAAUCAACAAUUCGAGUUGGAUCUUCUAAACGAACGUGGACAAGAGGUCCUCCGACUUGCAGACACUAAUAACAAGAAAACAAUAGAGUCGCAGCUCUCUGAGAUUAAUUCAGAAUGGCGCGAAUUAGUUUCGGGACUCGAAGGACGUAGAGAUACUCUCGAGGCAUUAUCGAAACAUUGGGAAGACUUGGAAACACAAUGGACUCUUAUUGAAACGCGAACGACUGCGACUGAGGAAAAAAGCAAGCUCAUCGACACGGUGGUGCGGUCAAAACAACAUUUACACGAUACCGUUAAAGCAUUAGAAGAACUCGUAACAGAAGCUGAAAAACUUAAACCUGUAACGGAAGAAGUGAAAAAUUUGGCAGGACCUGUGCUCGCAUAUCUCGCAGCGUUUACAGAAGGACCGGCACGAAGUCUCGAGGAACGCCUCGAGAAGCUACAAAAAUCCGUCGAAUCACUCGUCGAUUCACUUCGUGGGAAGUCCGAGAAGGCGAACGAGGCUCUGGAGGCGCUCGACAACAUCGAACGUGAGAUCGAGCGCCUACGAAAGCGACUGAACGAGGCGCGCGAAAGCGCCUCAAACUUAUACGUUUACGGCGUUGAUCAAGACGCGACCGAGAUCAAACUAGGCGAGCUACGCUCACAGGUUGAGGAUCUCGUCGACACCGCCAAGAAGUUCUCAGGAAACAUUAAGGCGCGGUACCAAGCUAGCCAGCAGCUAGUACCAAGUGACAUUACCCAGCAUCUGACCGCACUCGAGCUUUGUGCCGAGGCAACGGCACAAACAAUGGAGGAGAAACAGAGAGAGCAGAAACGUGCCAGGACCGUCAGGUCGGACUAUCUGGCCGACGUGGACGAAGUGCAGGCAUGGAUCCGCCAAGCCGAGCUCAAAGUACAGGACAGAUCGGUCGAGCCGGCCAUCCUCAGGGAGCAUCUCAGACAAAUACAGAACGAAUUGGGCACGAUUAGCGACAAGCUCGAACGACUGACGAAGAAUGGGCAAACCAUCGUCAAGAACACGAAGGACGACGCCGAGAAGGAGCUGAUCAAUGGCACGAUCGGCAAUCUUACGGAACAGCUGGCGCAGGUCAGGAGCUGGCUGGAGGAGAAGAAACAAAUCGUGGGCGACACCCUAGAUGCCUGGCAGAGGUUCCUCACGCUUUACGAGGCCGUCAAGGCGUGGACGGAGGAAAAAAGACAAUUCUUAGUCGAGCCACUGAAGCUCAGCACUCUUGUGCAAGCCAGGCAGAGACUGCACGAAUAUUCGACGGCAGUCAAAAGCUGCAAGCAGGUGAAUAAGAAUCUCAGUGAUAUGGGCAGAGAGUUGGAGAAUAUCGGUCAGGUAACUAGCGUAGGUGAUUUACCGGAGAAGUUGGCCGAGGCAGAGGAGGGCAAGGUUCAGGUCGAGGGUCAGCUGUUGGAAAGGAACGCACUGCUGCAAGAGGCCAGCGAAGAGUGGGAGCAAUGCGAGAAGAAGAUGAAGGACGUGCGGAGCUGGAUGGAGAAAGCCAGGCAGACAUUGGAGUCGCCACAGAAUAAGAAGAAACCGUUGCGCGAUCAACAUGCUAUUCGCGAGAAAAUGCUCAGCGACAUCGCGAUUCAAAAAACGAAGAUCACAAUCUCGGUGGAGAAGCUCGAGGUCCAUUUUAGGUCCGGUAUCGUCGGUGACAAUCGGGUGAAAGACACCGCCGACGAUCUGAUCGCCGAACUCAACUCUCUUCACGGCACCGUCAAAGAACAGGCAACUUCUCUGGAAGCUUGUUUAGCGCAGAUUGAUCAGUAUCAACAGGAAAUUCAACAGUUGAGACAACACAUUGUGCAGGCGGAGCAACAGCUGAGGAUGGUACUCAGCCCGACGUACAUGCCGAAUGACCGAGAAAAGGCUCUUCAAGAGCAACAGAGCCUGCAACAACGGAUGGAGGAUUGGAAGGAACGCAGCAAGACACUGGUGGAUCAGAUACAUGCGGUGGAUCCAUACUACGUACCCACCAGCGAGUACCGGUUCAUAGGCCAAGUCUCGUACGCCGAUAUCGCAGCAGGACGUACCAAUAGUCCGAGCUCGAGAAACUGUAGCCCGUAUAGACACCAACGAGAAGCCACUCCUCCUACCAUGACCGCGCAAGUGUUACGACCUGCGGUUAUGCGAGCUCAAAAGUUGACCGUGGAAUAUCCUCCUUCGUUAGACGAGGCACAAGUCUCAAAAAUGCAAACUCAGGAAAACAACGCGAACUUGAACAAAUCAAAAUCGCAACUGCGAGCCGAGACACGCAUGCAGACGACGGACAAUCAAGGCACAAUCGAGGUGGAAGAAUGUCAGCAAGAUAUACCUGAAGUUAUUGUCGAAUCAUCUGUGCCACGUCGAGGACGAUCGCUUACGCGCAAGACAAACUCAUCUAGGGUGAGAGACCCCAAAACGAUGGUGGAUCAGGAGGAAGAAAUCGACAGGUGUGAUAAUUCUCGUCCUGGCGCGAAUUCCAAGCAAGAAACGCAAAAGGAGCCCGUGAGGGACACUUUAGCACCGUGUGAAGAACGAAAAAGACGUUCGCCCAGUCCUAUGUGGGUUCCCGGCUCUACCUCUUAUGCCGACAUUCUUCGCGGAUGUAUGCAGACGACGCAGGUUAACACCGCUCCUGCACAAUCACCCAGGCAAAAGAUGGUUUCUCUAUCCGGAGAAUCUCGACGCGGUCGGGCCGAAGUUCAUCGCGCGGAACAAGUCACCGUAGAUACUGUCGCAAACAUCGACAAAUCUCAACAAGUCACAGAGGUUCAGCAAGUUGUACCGACGCAAGAGAUACAGGUGGAAAACGUGCGAGUCGCAGAGACUUACUGUCAACCCACUGAAAUUUCCACGGAGAAAGCAGAAGAUCAAAGCUACGCUGAGUCUGAGCCGACUAAUUGGGCCGACGAGGCCCUGCAGGAUUACAAUGUACUGCAACAUGUGAAACCUUACGAGAAUGUGCCGAGACAGCCGCAAACGACGGAGAUCUACAACUAUAUAAUACCGGAGACGAUGCCGGAACUGGUAGGUUUCAUCGGGUCUCAUCUCGGAACAUAUCCAGUGAGUUCGUAUGUUUACGCGCCGUCCGGUCAUCAUCAGCAAGUGCAACAACUCGAUACAAUAAAUUUAAAUCCUUAUAACAAUGAUUCUUUAGCUUACGCGCCAGAACAUUACGUCGCGCAAACUACAUAUCUUUCGGCAUCGGACAUUUAUCAGCAGACUCCGAUGCAGCAGCCUGUCAGUGAUAUGAGACACGCAACUACGAUGUUGACAGAAAAGCCUAUUGAGGUGCCAGUAGUUAAACAACCUGAGGUUUCUAAAAACGCAAUUGCGACUGAACGUAUCGAUAAGCCUGAACAGCAAAAAUCUAUAAAUGUCUCAAAUGUAGAAAAUUCCACAACGAACGAAACAGAAGAAAAAAAUAUGUCAUCGUUGAAUAAUAUGGAGACCAAAGGACAGGCCUUUUCGUACGCGCAAAUACUUUCGCAUGGACUCGGUCCGCGUGUUACCUCGACACGAAUUGUGACUGAAUCACCAGCCGCAAAUUAUCCCAGUAAAGAGCGUUCUAAUUCACCAAAAGAGUUACCUGAGUUAUCAUCUCAUGAAUUAUCGCCGUUGCAGGAAUUAAAAUUCGAGCAAGAUCCGCAAUCAUUCGCGGUUACAUCUGAACAAUCUAGACAAUCUAAAGAAAACGAUUGGGACACGAUGAAGAAACGAGAGGUCAAAAAGAGACAACAGCAAUCGAAUGAUAAAGCCAAACAAACGGAUGAGAGAAAAUCUCGAAAGCCUAUCGAUAAACCGAAGGAGAAACAAAAGAAAGAAAAAUUAAGUCCGCCGAAACAGUUGGAAACGCAAGACGAACCCGUUCCUGAUAAAAUCAUCGAUAAUACAGCACAAAAAGAGGAAAAACCGAUGCAGCAAGAAGAGCCAGCAAUCGAUUUAGUAGACACAAAUUCAUCACAAGAAAAGAAACGUAGACAAAAGAAAAAGAAAAUAGAUAAAUCAGUAGGAGAUGAAAUUGACAAAGCACUUAAAGAAAUCGAGGACAUGGAUAAACAGAAAACAAGAUCUCAAAAAGACAAGCCUAAAGAGCAAAACAAAGAACAAAACAAACCUCGAGAUUCCAUUAAUGAGGUGGAAAAAUAUAAAGAUGAAGCUGACACGAAACAAAGCAAAUCCAGUGAAAAAUUCAAGAAAUCAGGAAAAUCUAAAGAAGUAACAAGGGUAAAAGAAACCAUGUCUAUGGAACAUGCCACACUGCCAAGUCAAAUUAAAGCGUGCGAUCAAAGUAUUUUAAAAGAUAACGCGGAAGAUAAAGAAAGUACGAAAGAUGCGAAAGUUUUAGAUUCCAAAAAUGAACAAGAAGUCCGAAAAGAUAUUUCCAAGGAAACGUUGAAAAAUCAGUUUGAAAUUGACAACAACAUUAUUAAUUCUGACAAACCCGACGCUACAAUAAAAUGUAAGAAUAAAACUGACAAAAAUAUAAAGGCUAAGGAACGAAGCAGAGAAACUUCAGAGAAUAAAAUCCAGGAUCAAUCGGAUGUUUUAAGUAAUAAGAAAAGGGAUAAAAUAGAUACUGUCGACGACAAUGUACCAGAGGUUGUCAAAUUAUCAGCCACUCAAAAGAUCGAAUCCGAAAAAACAAAUGAAAAAACAAAUACAAAGAUUGAAGAUACAAGAAAGCAUAAAGAUGUUUCAAAAAAAGAAAAGAACAAGGCAAAGUCAAAAGAGCUGAAGCUGGAAGCUGAAGACAAUAACAUAAAUCGAGAAAAGCUCGAAAUUAAUAUUAAAAAAAUAGUCGAAGAUAAAUCUCUGGAAUCAACCAAACCACUGAUUGAAAUAAAAGAGUUUGAUUCAAAGACGGUCGAUGUUACAAAAAUCACUAGUGAUAUAAGCGAAAACACGAAAAAUAAAACCAAUUCUCGAAAGAGAGAUAAAGCCUCUAAAAGUAAAAUAAAAUCUGAAGUCGCAACCGAUACAUCAUCGAUAAUUAUGACAAGCAAAGUUUUGGAUGAGAUAAAAAUAAAUUUAAAUGAUAAAGAAAAAUAUGACGUUCCAAAAUCAGAACAAAUGCCCGAAGCUAAAACUGCAGAACCAACAGUAGUAGUUGAGGAAAUUCCAAAAGAAAUCAUAUUAGAACCUGAAUUAAAAUCAAAAAGCUUCACGAGAGAAAAUUUAGAGACCAUGGAUAAAAUGAAUGAAAAAGAAGCUGUUAGUAGUAAUACAAAGAUGAUUGAGAAAACUGAAAAACUAGAAGUAGAGAAAUAUCAGAUAAAAACAACGAAACAGAAAAAAUCCGAAAAAGCAAAGUCUAAUGUUCAAGAUAAAAGUAAAAGAAAAGAAGAUAAUAUUGAAACAGCACAGUUUGUCAAAAAUAAAUUUGAUGGAAAGAAAGAUGAGCCUGAUAUCGAAUCUCUAAUUGCAUCUACGAUAGAAACUGUCGUUCAAGAACAAUCCACGGAAAAAUCGAAUUUGGCUGAACAUAUAUCACUGUCCAAUAACAGCUGUUUUGUUCAAUCAAAAACGGACGAAAAUAACCACGGCGUUAAAAUAGACGAGGGAGAAGAUAUAGCAUUCAGCCAAGUUAAUAAAUGCGCGCCAGAAACUGUUCCUAAAAGUAAGAAAAAAGGCAAAUCAAAAAACAAGGCUGUCGCUCAAUCUACUGAAUUGAUACAUGACAUAAAAUCUACAGAAAACUCUAAAUUAAAAGAUGUGAUUGAGACCACAGCAUCUGCAAUUGUAGAGCUAGUUACAUCGUUAAACGAAGGAGUAUCUCGCAACGAAACUAUGAAACUUACUAAAGAUGAUGCUACGUCAGGAGCAGCCUCAAAUUCAUCCGAAAAAUCUACACCAAUACCGGAAACAGAUUUAACUAUUUCCACGACAUUUGAAAAUGUUGAAAUCAUCUCUACUAUAGAAACACUUUCUAAAGAGUCUGAGAUUUCUUCAGAAAUAAAUAACACCGCUAUGGACAUGAAAGAAAAAUAUGAGACUAUUAAAAACGGGAAACUCGAUUAUCCUCAAGAAUCAAUUAUUAAAAACGAAGAUAUUAAGACUGAUAUCAAUAAAGAUUCUUUAAUAAAAGAACAGGAUAUUAAAAAAUCAAAAGAUGUGCUACCUAAGGAAAAGACAUCGAAACGCACAAAGAAAAAAGGCCUAUCUCCUAAGCACACAAUUGAGCAAACAAAACAGUCUUCUUCCUUUUACGAUAAGUUCCAAGAAGAAAUCGUUUUCAAGGAUGAUUCAACAAAAAGAGAAAAAACUCCGAAGCUUAUAACUAGUCCUAAUGAAGAAAAAUUUAACAAAAAUCUACCUCUUCUCGCGAAAAUUGAUAAUAUUGAUAUCGAAAAGACUCAAGAAUCAUCGAAAAAGAAUGAAGCUGAAACUGAACUUGAUUCUAAAGCUUCGAGCGAUUCGGUCGAUGGAGCUCAAGUACAUGAAAAACACUUAGAUGAAAUUCAUAAUAAUAAUUUAGAGUCGGAACAACCGCCUUCGACAGGGAAGGCUUUGAUUAUAGAGAAAAUGAUUACUACCGUAACGACCACCACCAGCGUUCCAGGAUCGGUAAAGGUCAAGCCACCCGAUGUCAAGUCCGUUAAGUCGGUAGAGAUCAUAGAAAACAUACCCCUUCCCAAAAUCGUAGGUUCCAAAGUUACCGAAUUGAUCACUUUGCGCCCUGAAACCGUAGAGGCUAGUCUUACCACUACUUACGCUAGGGUACCAAACGAUUCUCUCAUUAGUAGUUAUUCGGUGCAAUCGGAUCAGGCAGCGAUUUCUCAAAAAGUAGGUUUAACUUCCCCGAAUUCCACCGAGAACAUCAUGGUAGUCGACGAUAGCCUAUUUGGUAGCGUGCGAGAUAGGAGAAAGAUUUGUCCGGGCACUUCAGAGAAUCGCGAUAUGUCAAAUAAGUCCCCGCCGUUGACCACUGCACCGGAGGAGAGGAAAGGAGAACUUACUGCUCAAUUAGAUGAUAACAUGGAAGGAUUGGGAGAUCAAUUAAAGGUAAAAGUUCCUGAAGAGAAACACGAGAACAAUAAUAUGAAAAAAGAAAACACUAUUAUUUCACAAAAUGACAAUAUUAGAGAAAGUCAAAAUAUUAAUAAUUCUGUGAAAAAUGAUAAUAUUGUAUUAAGUGAUAAAACUAGUCAAGCUGAUUCAAAUAUUCUAACUGAGGAGCAGGAUACGCGCAUAGAUGGAAAUGAAGUCAAUGUCGAAACAUUAGCCAAGGAUGCUAAAGAAGCAGCAGAUGAAAAAAUAGAAUUAAAAUAUGAAAGCAAAUGCACGAUCAGCAAAAUAAAGAGCGAAGAAAUAUCCGAAAGUAUGAAAACAAAAAAGCAAAUAGUGCCUGAAUAUUUAUUAGAGCUUAUUAAACCUUAUGCCAUGGAUCGCCAUGCUUACAAUCAUGCAGAAAGUAAUUUUUAUCGCUAUUUCAAAGUCAUCAAAAUGGAAAUAGAACCACAACCGCCUACUGUUACAGCUCCAAGACCAGAGAGCGUAGAGAGAAUUGUACAAGAAUCGGUGAUGAAACCGGCGAUUAAACCAGCGAGUCAAGAAAUGCAUGAAGUCAAUGACAGAAGACAUGCUCUUAUCAUAGAGGCGCCAAAGUAUCCGAUCACCAGUUUUUACGAAUUUGAGUCGCAAUGGAUUAAAACGAGAUCCACCCCUGAAAAAUCUCUAUCUAUUUCUUCAGACGAUUCUGAAACAUCUAUAAAAACUGCAAUAGGGAGAGAGAAACAAAUUAUUGAAGAGAAGAAAGCAGUAAAUACAGUGUCUGAUCUUACAAAAGAUACAACUGCGAUUAAUGUAGAGAAAUUUAAAACAUUCGAAACAAAUGAUGAUAAAGACAAGGAACCGAGAGAUUUACAGCAAUCUGUACACUUGGUUUCCGAUGAUUCCUGGAUGAGUAUUUUGGAUGAGCCAAUAAUGAUUGAGGACAAUUUUGAUGCAGAAGAAAAUUUAAUUAAUGAAAAGGCAAAUAAAGAACUGAUAGAUGUCAAAAAUCAAGAUCAACUAUUCACAGAAUCGGUUGAAGAAAUUCAGAAACCGGCUAUAACAUUAAUUAGCACAUCUGCUAAUAAUGUGCCAUUUGAUGUAAUAAUAGAUUCAAUUAAUACUACUAGCGAUUCAAUAUCACAGGCAAUUACAGAAUUAAAUGUCUCUGUUAAAUCAUCCACGGAAAAAAUCAAUGAUAAUCAAUUGGCAGAUGCUGGAGCAAUAACAGAUACAAAUAUACAAGCAGACGAAACUGUUAUAAAAAAUAAUGUUGACGCCGAGCAAGAAAUGUUGGAAAUUAAAACACCAACAAAGAUAUCAUCUGUACACUUAGAAUCUGAUGAUGCUUGGAUGGCUCUUCUUGAAGAAGAAAUAAUAAUUGACGAUGAUUUUGACGAGCUGGAAACAGAAACAAUAAAAGACGACCAAAUUGGAAAAAGGGAAAAAAGAAUUGAAAAGAAAGGAACAAAAAAUAAACAACAGGAAAAAGAAAUCGAAAAGAAAAAAUCAAUUGAAAAACAAGAAGACAAGAUUGAGCGGAAAGAACCAAUUAUUGCAAAACAAGAAGAAAAAAUUAAAGAAGAAACGAUGAUUGUAAAACCAGGAGAAAAAAUUGAGGAGAUAAAAGUAAUCGAGAAACAUGAAGAGGAAAUUGAAACAGAAGAACCAAAGACUGAAGUUCUAAAUAAUAAACCUUUAACGGAAAUUGCUGUAAAAGAUGAGUAUCAUACUAGCAUAAAAGAUAUUCAAAAUGAAACUUUAUACACGGAUGAAAAGCAAAGCGACAGAACAAAAAAUCAACCGAAGAAAAAGAAAGAAUCAAAACAUGCUAAAGGCACAAAAACUAAAGAUCAAGCAAAGAUUAAAACUGUAAAGCAGCAAAGCGAUAUAGAAAUUAAAACAGAUACCGUUGAAGGUGAUUUAUCAUUGUUACAAAGUAAUUUAGAAGAACAUAAAAUAUUGAAAAACAAAACUGAUUCUAAAAUAAAAGAAGCAGAAAAAUCUUUGAUAGCGGACGAACAAGCUGAAUUACAUACAGAUAAUGCAAAAUCAAAACUUCUUUCAGACGAAUCUGUAUCAAAACAAAAGUCACAAGAUAUGAUUGACGAAGAGAAGCCGAAACGUGAAGAACGUAAGCUGAAAUCUGAUAAGAAAUUCAAGAAACAAAACAAAAAAUCUGAGAUUACCCCUAAAGAGAAAUUAGCAACGGCAAAACGUGAGAGUGACAUAAAGAAUGAUGACAAUAUUGUUCUCUCUAAGACGACAGAAGUCGAAUCAGAUAUAUUUGAAACAUCACCGAUUGUGCAAAAACAACAGGAGUCAAAGGAUGACGUGCCUAAAUACGAUAAUCGAUUAAAUCCGAAUGCGAAAUCGUGGGCAGCCAUCGUUGGUACAAGAGAUACAACAGAGCCAACUGUUAUUUCUGUUAUUUCGAAAGACGAGUCUUUGAAUGUUCAAAAAUCCGCUAUUAUCCAUCAAGAUACAAACGAUAGUAUUAUGAAUAUUGUAAAACAACCACAAGCGUCGAUUGUGCACGAUUUAUGCGAAAUUCCAUCAAAAAAAGAAAUAUUUACAAUGCACUCACCUUCAUUAGAAAAUCAGAUAGAUAAAAAUAUCGUCGAAGAAUUGAAGACAACAAUGGUGGAUGAAAUUGUCAAACCAAUCGCGGAAAAGUCCACCGUAUCGUCGAAACAGCUUAAAGAAAACAACAAAUCUUACGCGCAAGUCACAGCCUCUUCCCGAAGAAUUUCUCCUCAGACUUCUCAAGAAGAAACGUAUUCAGUCAAACCUAUUCCAUUAAAAAUUGGUCAUUUAGCGAUUAAUGUAAAAACAUCGGACGAAGUGCGCGAAGAUUUUAGUACAGAGAAUACAGAGAAAUUACAAAGUUCAUUAGAACAGGGUAACAAACCAGUAGAUGAAAUUAUAGUACAGCAAUAUUCUGAUCACCAAACGGUUACUGGAAACCUCACUUCUCAAGAAGAAUCUAUUCCUUGGGUAGAAGAAGUGGAAAAAGAAACAUUGACCAUCUCUGUCAAUUCUAUCACUAUGACAGAUGACGAAGCCCACGCAAAACAUACAGAAAAUACAUGGGCCGCAAUAGUUGGUAAAAAAUCUGUAGAAUCGUCAGAAAUUAAUGAUAUUCCUAAUCUCGAACAAAAUCUUGCUAAAUCAGAACAGAUUAUGGAACAAUCUCCGACGCAGGUCCAGAUUUAUGUGGAGGAGGCCCCUAAACAAGAGCCUAUAGAAAAUUUAGUUCAGGUGGAUGAACAAGGAUUUAUGGAAUUUGUUAAUCGGAAGGAAUUACGCUCCAGACGUUCCAGAUCGCGUUCUCGAAGUGCUAGGCGAGAGACUAACAGACACGCAAUUGUAGAAACCUCAAAUUCGAUUAGCAACAAAGAACCUAAAACACUAAAUAUAAAAUCUGAAAACAGCGAAAGUGUUAAAGCUAAGACUGAGGAGCCUGUACACGAGGAUGAAAAGAAAGCAGUUGACGAGAAUGACGAAUUGGCAAAGAUUAUUAAAGAAGAAAAUGCCAAACCAUCUAAACAAUCACAUGCAUCUAAGAGCACAGAUAAAGACAAGCAGAAAAAUGACUCGAAUGAACGAAGCAAUGAAAGCGAGAUGCAGUUCGCAGAAAAUGAAAUUCAUAAUACUGAGAGUAAAAUUAUUCAAGGAAUCAAACCCGAACUAGACGUAACAUUUAAAGGUAAAAAGAAUAAAUCGAAGAAGAAUAAGUCUGGUAAAGAUUACGUGAAACAGCAGGCUAAAGUUAAUGAACAAAAAGAAUUAAAAGAUAUCGAAAAGCCGAAAGAGGAUAAAAAAUAUAUCAAUGAGAACGAAGUAGAACAUAGUAAGAUCCAAUUAGAAAAUAUCGAAGAUCGAUCAAUAAAAGAAACACAGUUAAUUAAAGAUGCAGAACAUUCGCAAGAGAAUAAAUGUAAGGAUGUGAAAGCACUUUCGAUUAUAGAUCAAGACAAUGCUACGAAAUCUAAGAAAAAGAAAAAUAAAAAGGGAAAAUUUGUCAUUGAGCAACUAAUUGAAAAUACCUCUGAUAUUGACAAAAAGACAGUUAUGGUUGGAGAUUUGGAGGAGAAAAUAGAAUCACCAAUAGAGUCAAAAUUAGACGACGGAGUAAAAAUAAAACUCGAAGAAGCAAUUACUGCAAAUAUAUGUAAUAUACCUACGUAUUCAGAAAACGAAGAAACUACAGCAGAGAUAAUUAACGAACAAGAAAAUAUUAAGCAGGCUAUAAGUAUUGAAACUACAGAACAAGAAGGCACUAAGCAGAAGCUGAUAGUUGACGAAUCAAAAAACGCAGAGGCAUGUAAAGAGUCUUAUUUAGAAGAAGAAAAAAAUGUAACGGAAGAAGAGGAAAUUCCUAAACUCACAAAAGCGGAAAAACGAAAACAAAAGAAAAAAGCGAAAGUUGCCCAAAGCAAGUCUACCGAUUUAUCUGACAAUACAAAUAUCGUCGAAAAUAUUAAAACUAAAGAAACGGUUGAAAUAACAGAAGAAACCAUAAAUACUGCAUCAUCGAAAGAUAAAAUAAAUAAUGCAUUUGUAUUAAAAAAGAAUGAUGAGCCGAUAAUACAGUCUGCACAAAUAGAAGAAACUGAAAAGCCUCUGGAGAAAUCCGAAGCUAUGAUUGAAAAUGAAACCUUACUUCCACAAAUAACUUCGAUAAAAGACAAGCAAAAAGUCAAAAGCAAAUCCAAAUCGAAGAAAGAAAAACGGCAAGAUGAUAAAACCAAAUCUGAAAAUUUUACAACGAUUACAGCUGACUCUAAAGAAAUCGAAACUCUACCUACUGCAGAAAACACCGAGGUUAUAAAUUUGUCUAAAGACAUAUCAGUAUGCGAUAUUAAGCAGACUAAGAAAGAAAAUGUCAAAGAUCACGUAUUAGACGAUAAACUGACUUUACAAUCUCCAAAAAACAUAACUGACAAGAACGAUUUCCCUGUUACGAUAGAAACAAUUAAGCAAGAAGACAUUAAAGAAUCAAAAUCACUUGUGUCUCAAACAGGAAAAGAAGUAGAUGAAGAAUCAAUUAAAAUUAAAGAAUCGCUGCCAUCUGAAGAGAAUAAACAAAAACAGAAAUCUUCGAAGAAACAGGAUACUGAAGAUAAAAAAGAAUCUCAGAAAGAAAAGGAUGCGAUAAAAUCCCCGAAAGAAGAUGCUAUUAGUAUUACAGAUAAAACUGCAUCGAUUGCAACUGAAAUGGUUCAUGUAACUAGCAAAGAAACAGUCCUCGAAAUAGAACCUAGCGUUGAUUUUACAGAAAAAGAAGAGAACAAUAUUGUUUCAAACAAAUUUGCAAAAAAACUGGAAAUAUCUAUUAACGAAAAAGAAGAAGGAAUGAAAAAUAAAUAUGAAAUAAAUGAAAAACAAGUAGAAACGACUGAUGCUGCAAAAUUAACAAUAAAUUCAGAGAAGAUAGAAAUAAAUGAACAGAUUAUUGAUCAAAAAGAAAAUAUCUCCGAAGAAGCACCCGCUGAUAACGUUACUUUGACAGAAAAAACUGAGUUACCUCAAACAGGAGAACCGCACCCUAAACCUGAUGAUAUUUCGAAACUGUACGAUAUUACAGUUAAUAACGAUAUCAUGAAAAUUGAAUCGAUAUUGAUAUCAGAUAAAACAAACAAUUCUGCCGAUGAAAUCGAAAUGGAUACGUCCGUUCCAAUGAAUCAUGUUUCCAAGCAAAUAGAAUCACCGUGUGACUCGAUAAAUGCAGUUAUAAAACAUUCUCCACAGUCAGAUAAAUUAUCUUCAACUGUACGACAAUCCUUUGAAGACGAGGACAAAUUAAAGCGUAUCGCAAGCAUCGAACAAGAGACUUCUGAUCUUUCGAUCGAGCGCGAGCGUCCGAAAUCCAAAGUACAAUUCUAUAUAGCGGACGAAAUUUUAGUUUUGAAUCCUGACCGACGAAAGUAUAUUCCAUCGACGUCCUUCCUGCAGGAACAACCUAUAACCGACUUGUGUAGCUCGUUCUUGUCUAUCGACGAUGGUUUUUGGCCUGAUAAACGACUCUAUCACGAAGCCGAACGUGAUCAUUUUGAGAGCUUAGCCUUGCAUACGAAAAAGAGUCUCUCAUACGAUAACAAACAUGAGUUCGACGAUCAUCAUCGUCCCCGAGAUCGCGACGAUGACAAUUCGGGUGGCGGUGGCGGCAGUGGUAGGUCACGAGAUUCUUGUGGAAACUCGCAUUCCCUUUUGGGCGCACCCCAGACCGAGCGUAUGAUAGCCGAUCUACCCGGUGGGAUGUGUAGCUGGAGCGACUAUAGCACUUAUCUAUCGAGCGAGAGCGAGCGGACACUGGAUCACAGUCUACCACUCGGCACGAUCGAGGAUCCAACGUUUGAUUCGGGUUUAUCUUUGGAUUACUCGUUGCCGAGUGAUGUCCAGUCAUCAUCUCCUGAGUUCCUCUCGUCAUUUCCUCCCUCCCAUAAUCCGCAGACCGAGUCGCGCAUGGAGUCUCUUACAGACGCCGAAGUAACCCCGAGGGAAUAUCCUAUUGUCUCUUCUUCGAAUAGCUUCCAAAGUCCUAAUCAUCCUAGCACUUGCACCAAGUCGUCGACCUUUGCCCAUCUUCGUCCACAAUCCAAACUGCAUUUAGGUAAUGAGAUGAGGGAGGGAUCCGUGCAACGGUGCAGCCUGAACGGGGAGGUGGAGAGAGAGGCGGCUAAAGGCGAAGCUGAAAGAAGGAUACGCAGGAUCCAGGAUGUCAAAGAAGGCCUCGCUUCUCUACAAACAAGACUUUCAAAUCUCGAAGGAACGAUGGGUUAUUUACCUCGAGACAGCGUAGAAUCUAUGCUUUCAUCUCUUAUGGCUGUAUUGACAGAGCUUCGUGCCUAUGAUGAGGAAGCUACGCAACUUGAAAAGCAAUUACACGAAAUUCCUGCCGACAUUGAGUGUCAAAGGCUCUCGGUAGCUUUAACGGGAAUUCAUACGCGCGUCACUUCCCUUCUCGAACAAGCAGAACAAGGGAGAGUAGCUCUCGAACAGGCACGAGCAAGCCGAGAAAGACGCGGCCAAGAGAUUCAGACCUAUAAAUUAUUCCUCGAAGAGACAGAUACUUGGCUAAGAAACGUCGUAUCAAAACUACAUGAGCAAUAUUCGAUUAAUACCAGCCAGGCUUUACAGGAAGAAUUAACGAGUCGCGUACAUCAAGUCUCAGAACUCGAAUUAUUGCCGGAAGUGAGCACGCUAGCGAUAGCUCUGAAGGAAGCCCUCUUGGAUGUAAUUAAUCGUCUCCAGCGAAAGCAGCAGGAGAUCUGUGAUGAGGAAGCUCAAGCUGACGACGAAUCGACAGAAAAAGACAAUGCUACGUUGGAUGAAGCACCCUCAAUUCAUUCCUCCAUAGAAGAUGGUCCGCCAUCCUUGGCUGACGUUUCCUUACAGACAGGUCAAAGUUUACUGGUCGACGACGUUGUUGAGAGAAAAGCGCAACUCACAAAACAGACGUCUACGACACAGAUGCCAUCGUCAACCACGUGUCAUUCUCUCAUGACACAGACAUCGCAAGAUUUAUUACCAAGCGAGGGUGCUCAAACGCAGGAAGCUAUAAAAGUUCUAAAGACCACAACGGGUGAUCAUGAUGUGAUUGAGAUAGCGACCAAAUAUGUACCGUCCAGUCAAGAGGUAGCGCGUCGGAAACAGUCCAGCAUUCUGCCUGGUGAAGACAUCGUUGUCGAUAUGAAAUACCAAGAUGCGAAGAAGACCGAUAGCGCGACGAGCGAGCUGAACAUCGUCCACGCCGCGCCACAAUCCUUUGAAACAGUUCUAGUCGAACCGGAUGACGUCACCACCGAAGUGGUCGUCGAUGCCGACGGCACCAAAAGGAUUAUCGUAAGAAAGUUACGACGUACCACAGUCACCAGCAGGCAAACCACCCAACAGCGUGUGUCCACGUUGUCGACGGCGUUCGGAGACGCGCCGCCGAUGAUGCAAGCUUUCUCGGAAGCUGCGAUGAGAGAUCAACAAGUCACCAUGACCAGGACAAGGCCAGACGGUACCAUUGAGACCACGACAAGGCAGAUCUACGGCGGCAAAGUUACUACAGGCGCGCCCACCGAAGGUAUCAAUGUAGAAGAGUACGAAUCCGAACCUCAUUACACGCGCAUGGUAACGCAAGGUCAAUUAGGAGAUAUCAGUUGCCAGCCAGUCGAGGAGGAGAUACUGAUGGAAGGUGGUGAGUAUCAAACGAAAACGUCAAGCGUUCAUGCCGUGGUGCAACAAGUCACGAGACGAGUGAUCAAGCGAACGCGUAAAAUCAUUCGGAAAGUUACCAUCGUAGACGGCAAGGAGACCACUACCGAAGAGGUCAUUGAAGAACCUGAAGAAGUAGAAAUAGAUGAGCAAGAUAUACCGCACAUCAGUAUUAACGUGAUUAAGAGCGAAGAUCAAAAGACUUUAGUUCCAGGGGAAAAGGCAAUAGAACAGCGGGAAACGACGAGGUCAGAGAUACCAAUGGGAUCUUAUAUUUCUGAUACUUCGCUGCAGGGACCAUUCUUCGGACCAUUUGCUAAGGAUAUAACGAACAUGAGUCGAGAUAAAACAGAGGAAACCACAGGAACUUUUGUAACGACUGCGGAAAAGGAUAAUGAUAUAGAAACUAAAAUAUUGGAUAUUGAAGAUCACAAAAAAACAACCAAGUUAUUAGAAAAAUCCACGAUGAAAGUAGUAGAUUCUGGAACGGAAACAGCGGACUCUAAGAUAAAGAUAACAAAUUCCACACAAACUGCAGUGCUUUCUCCUGUGGAAAAGCAUGUAUCACAAGAAAACUUGGCUAACGUUCAAGCUGACGAAGGCAUUUCUACUGUACAAAGUGACGAAAAUGUAGUACGAAAAGAAAUUAAACCGCAAACAAUGGACAAACAAGAACACGAGUAUUUCCCUACUGAGGUAAAUGGCAUAGGUACACUUGCGAUUGAUGAAGCGUUGAUUGAUACUGAACGAUCUGCCGUUUUGCAGACUCCUGUCGAAGAUGUCUAUGUUACAACGGUACAAUCGGAAUCUGUAAAAUCUCCAUUAGAGGCCGUAACAGAUGAUGAACCGGUGGUCACCAAGGCUAGUUGUAAGUCUGACGAUGCACCAGUAAAGAGCGAAACACUCAGUAUCGAGCUAGAAAAUGGCACGGUAGAAGUAGAAACGCACCAUGGUGAUAGCAGCACUGUAGAAGCUGAUAAAGAUGUCGAUGUAUUAAAUGUCGUUAUAUUAGAGCCAGAGCAUGAUGGAAAGGAAGAGUCAAAAAAAGAGGCAUCGCUCGAAUCAUUCAAAGAAGUCACGACCUUAACAUCACUUCAAAAAUCAGAGCCAGGAAACGAAUCGAUUGUUUUAGCGAGUAAAUUAGACAUUUCUAAACCUGACGAGGAAAAACAAGACGCGGAAAAACCUACGUCAAAAUUGAAAAAUACGGAAACACUUUUCAAAGAACGACAAUUAUCACCAGAAUUGUUCAGAAGUGAAGAAAAAGACAAUUCUAAGGAUGAAGCAUUUAAACCAGAGUACAAGCCGAUGUUCCACAAGGUCGAAAUAUCUUUGUCGGUGCGUAAGGAAAAUGAGGAAGUGGAACCAUUGGUCUCUAUCAAAACUCAAGCAGAAACUCAAGCAGGGGCUGAAAUUGCUCCGUACAGCAUUGUCAAAGAAGAUGUAGACAUUAGUCUUCCAGCGGACAAGGAAACGACAGAAAUAAUACACGAUAAAAUUGUACAGACCACCGCCUUUCUCACUGCUGAAAAAGAAACGGAAACCUUACAAUUACAUACCGCAGAAAAAGAAGUCGAUGCUCACAUCGAAUCGCCAGAAAAGAGCAAAUCAGAUACGGCAAGCCACAAAAGUAGAAAAAAGAAACGGCACAGGGAUAAAUCAGAGUCCUCGGAAAAGCUUGUAGAAACAGACUCCAGCACUUCCAUUGCUACAUCAGUUGCCGAAUCUAUGGAGAUCAAUAUUCCAUCAUCUGAUUCGUCUAAACAUGUUAGCGAGCAGCCGCAACCGGACGUUGCAGAAAUCGUCAAAUCUAUCACCGAAUCCUCUCUAAGCUUGGACGAUGGCAUUAUGGCAGAGAAUGACGGAUAUCAACCGGAUGAUAAAACCAUGGAUGAAUUGUCGAUCGCGCCGGAAAAUGAGGAUGGCAUAAAGAAGAAAAAGAAAAAAAAGAAAAAGCAAAAGGUUCGACUGCCUCGAGAUGAAGAUUUGACUCACGUGCCUAAGACUAGCAGCGACGAUGUGGCGUUUACGGAUGAUAGUCUUCCUUUAGAGAUUCCUGAAGUAGGAAAGGCGAUCGCGGAAGAUAAAACAAAAGAAGAGGAGAAAAUAAAAGAAGAGACAGAGCCAGAAUAUAAGGCGAAAGAAAUUAAAGUCGAAAUGAUAGAGCAAGAAAGUAAACACAAAGGUGAUGCAAAUACUCAAACAACUAUGGAAACAUGCGAUGUAUCAACUUCACUCACUCCAAAAGCAGAUGAAGAAAGUCAAUCUACGUUUAUGCAAACAUCUCCUGAGCCGGUACCGCUCACUUUAGAAGAAGAAAUACAAACGGCUAAAACUGAAGAGAUUCAUAUUGAGACGCAAACAAUUUUAGAACCCGGACUUGACUUCAGCGCGCAGACUAUCGCAGAAGAAACCCCGGAAGUCGAAGAUUCAGGUGUGCAAACUAUGACACCCACGGCGACGCCAAUGGAAGAGUUCGCUAUUCAAACUAGUCCAAUAGAAGAUAUCUCUCCUGCCGUUAUUGCAGUAGAAACGGAAGAUUCUCAAGCACAGACGAUUGAAAUUGAUGUUCACUCCAUGGAAAUGCAAACUUCACCCGUUGAAUCAGUUCCAACGAUAGCGAGUGAAACUCAAACAGCAAUAAAUACUGUAAUGGAAGUCGAGCAACAGACUACUCCACCACCAGUGACAGAACAAGUUAUUGUGCAAGAAAUUUCUAUUCAAACGUUAUCUACGGUACCAGAAUCUCUCGAAAAAGACAUGCAAACGAGUGCUCCGGCUAGUCCGGAACUACCAGACGUUUCGCAUACAGAUACUCAAACAAUCACAGCGCCAGAGGUUGCUGCUGAAACAACGGAGACACAAACGACACCCGAAGAGAGUCCUCGAAAGGUGGAGUUGCUGGAAUCUGAAAUGCAAACAAAAUCGCCCGAGCCAACCAAAGAGACCAUGAUGCAAACGAGUCCAACUAUAAUUAGUCCAGAACUUAUGCAAGUGGAAGAAUUUUCUCAAACGAGUAUUGAAGAAAUAAAACAGACUACCGAAGAAGAAUCACAGACAUCACAGACCAGUCCGAAGAAAACUGAAACCCUUGACAGUUCGGUGCAAAUAAAGGCCGAAGAAUUGAUACCACAAAUCGAAGAGAGUGUACAAAAUAUUCCCGAAGUAUGCGAUAUCAGCGCACAAACAUCACCGAAAGAAAAACAAUCAGCUAAGACAAUGUCGGUAUCUCAACAGACAACACAUAUUCCAACUCAAACUGUUGAGGUAUCUACGGAAGAUUUUAAAAUAGGAAUAAUUGAAAAAGAAAAUCUGCGCGAAGUGCCCGUUUCAGCUAUCUUAGAAAAGAGGAAGAAAAAAGAGAAUGUAACGUCUAUAGAUUUAGUAGAAACUCCAGCAGCACCUGAUGUACAAGUACCAGAAAUUAUGAAGAAGGAAAGAGAAAUGGAAAUUGUGAAUAAGCUGUUACCAGAGAUUCCUACAACGAUUCCAGAUAAUAUCGAACAAAUGGAAGAUCGUCCAAAAUUGUCAGAGACUGUCGCAAAGAAAAAAGAAUCUACGCCAUCUUCAAUGUCGGAAAAGGAUACUACUUCGGAUACAUCGUUUGAAAUUCACGUUCACGCGACUAUAGAAUUAUCCGGCAGUGACACGCUCGAUAGUGUUGCAUCUGGUAGCAAAGAAGUGACCGAUACUUCGCAGGAUACCACGAUUGCCGAAGAUUUUAAUAACGAUACGAGUAUCGCGGAGCACGAUGAUAAAGCAGCGAAACGGCACAAGAGAAAAAGAAAGCAUAAGACUAUGGAAAUUAUUUUACCGAGCAAGGACAAGUCAGAGCUCGAAUCCGUAUUUGGACAACCCAUCGAAUCCCAAGAUACUGUCAUGAAACUAUCUUACUGCGACGUUGCCAAAAAGCAUGUCAGCAGGCAAUCUCCGGUGAGAGAUGACAUCUCGGAGGAAGCGGCAUCUGAAUAUCCUUCUCAGAUAAUAUCUCAAAUCGAAUCAGAUGUAAAAUCAGAAGAUACUGCGUUAAAGACUGUGAUAGAAAGAAUAGAUCGACGUGACGAAGGCAUUCAGGAGACACCCUCAGAUAUUUCAACUACCUCGGAAGCAGUACCUAUAUCAACGAGUGAUCAAUUUGUGAUCGACUCGAGUUACAACAUUCCAGAAACAAUAGUACCUGAAGUAGCAACAGUACGAAAGUCAUUUGCGCUUAGUAGACCGACAAUAGAACCAUUGUUGAUGUCGUCGGAUCAGCAAAAACCGUCCGGAAUCAUAUCUACGCAAUCGUCGCCCGAGCCAAUGGACACCACUGAAGAGCCAUUGACGCCCAUAGAACUCGAGCAACCUAUUCUGAAUAAAGAAAAUAUUACACCAUUCCGGACGGAGAUCAAGACAUAUGCCGAAGUAAUAUUCGAAACACCUGUAGUAUCGACAUCAUCCAGCACGGAAACAUACGAAAAGAGAGAAUUGUGGAAAGAACCCGUGACCAAAGUAUCGCCUUCUCAAGCUUUAUCCGCGGUUUUCCUUCUAAAGGAAUCUUUGGGAUAUAGCGCCAAAUCGCAACAUCAGGGAACGCAAACAAUGCAAGCUGCUAAAAUAAUAACUGACCGAGUAAAGAAUCUACAGAAUACCAACGAAUCGAGUCAUUUAGGUAACAUCUUGCAUAUCGCGCAUCUGGAAGAAGUUACCACGGAGAGACUCGCGGAAGAACGAUCGUCGGAUGUUCGCCGAGAACUGGCACAAUUGAGAAAUGCUGUUCAAGAGAACGAUGUGAUAGUUGUCGAAGAAACUCUCGUUACCGUCGUUGAAACAAUCUCGACUUGGCUAGAAACCAUUGAAUACCGAAUCUUUCUAAACAGAGAAUGUCCGACUGGGCCUUCUCACGAGGACGCUAAAACAUUCGUUGAAUUGAAAGACGAGGUGAAUCAUGUAGAAGAAAGUAUUCACGAGCUCGAUAACAUUUGGAAGCAAUUGGAGCCAAAUUAUCCGCAAGAAGAACGAGAGAAACUGCGAGAAUGUGUGGAUGCCCUUGAGCAUCAAGUGAAAAUUAUCGAGAACGUUACUACCGACGGAGAGAGACAUGCUAAUAAGCAACUUGCAAAAUGGGAUGAUUUUCUAAAUGGCAUUAAUAACGUAUACAGAUUAAUCGAAGAGCAACGUAAACAGCUCAAUCAUAUAAUCGAAAGCGAGUAUUCUACACAAUGGAAGUUACAGGAACUCGAUAAAUUGGAGAACACGAAUCGCUGUCAUAUGUGGAAAACAAGUAGGCUUCUCGACGCUGCUCGCGAAUUACUACGCGAUCAUCCUGGCAAAAUUAUACCCGAAGAAACCUACGCCGCGCACGAGAUGACAAAGAUAAUUGAACAUGGUAUAUGUGUCGAACGAGAGCGUCUUCUACAAUUGCUCGCUUUAGCCGAAGAAUACGAGCAAACUCUUCAGGAAUUUGCGCAAAUUAUCGAAAUCGCCGAAAAUCUGCUAGACAGUCCGAUAUCCGUGAUAAGCCUGGAACAUCUCCAGGAGGAGAUGCAGAAGCACAGAAAGUUUUUCGUCAAUCUGAACCACUGUCGCGCGAUUCUCGAAUCGCUAGAAGGCAAUCUAGAUCCUGAAACCAGAGCCAAACACUCUGGUUUGCACGAAGAAUUACAUAGUAAAGCGACGGCGUUGCUCGAUCAGGCAGCUUCAAGAGCGCAACAAAUGGCCUUGGCCGCGUCGAGAUGGAUGCUACUCGAGCAGGGUGUAAAGGAAGAAAGAGGAUGGCUUCAAGUUGCACAUCAACGAGUCCCUGAUCUUCAAACAGUAACUUCGACCGACUAUGAUCAAUACAUCUCCUUAUAUCAAUCUCUAUCAUCGGAUGUAGCGACUCAUCAUGCACGGUUAAUUCAAUUAUUCGGUGUGGCACGUGGCCUUCGUGAUCUCAUCAAUAUCGAGGAUCCUGAAGACCGAUACGGUGAAGCUUUAAACGUGAUCGUAAAGCUGCAAGACAAUAUCGAAUCCUCUCUGAAAAGAUUGCUGGCCUUUAGAGAGAGUUGGAACAAUCAGGACAUAUUGACGAAUCGCGUAGAACACUGGAUGAUAAUGGCCGAAAAGGAACUCGUUACAUUACGCGAUCCAUCAGGAAGUUCUAUGCGUCAAUUCUGGGAAUUGAAAGCACAAUAUGAGGUUCACAAUAACAUGCGAAAUGAAGCGGACAACUACUUCGAGCAGGCUCUACGAAUUAUACCUCUAUCGGACGAAAUGUUGCAGCGACAGUUUCACUACGAAUUGCAGGAUCGUUGGAACGAGGUCGGUGAUAAAAUCAACGGAAUUCAAAAAGAUAUCACGCGCAGCAUUUCCUCGGAAGAGAUCCCAUCGAACGAGAAAUUAAAGUUACUCGAGAGGGAAUUGAACGAGUUACGAGUGACCAUCAACAGUUUCCACGGGGUACUGAAGACAGAGGAGGAACUCGAUUUGUAUGUCGAAAGACUCACCAUAAUGUUCGAAAGAAUUACCUUGAUUCAAAACGAGAUAAGCAGACUAGGUCUUCUACCAGCGGCGGAGAGCGAAAGAGUCGGGAUUUUAUUAUCAUCGGCGCGUUGCAUAGAGGGACAGAUAGGCGAAGAGUUGGACUCGGCGCAGCUACUCAGAGAAAAGAUUCAGGCUCUUCAACGCGGGUUAAGUCGCUUUAGGAAAGCCCACAAAAGAUUGUCAACAAUAUUGGAUCAAUGCGAGGGUAGCGAAAGACAAGAAAGCGACCUAGUAGCUGCGGCUGUAGAUCGUUGCCGAUCUGUCGCAGACGAAUUAGCUGUUCUCUGGCAGGAUCUAAUGGGAUUAAGACAGAUGCUGCAUAAUUUACCGACCGGCAUGAGGGUGACAGUGUCGCCGGUAGGAAUAGAAAGAGACUUAUCCAAUAUACAGGACGUACAUACCGAGCUUGAAUCCAGAUGCGCGCAUCUGCUUUCGUUGCUGACGAACAGGUUGGAGUUAUGGCGACGAUUCGAGAGGCAGCUGGAAAUGGUGCAACAGUCUGUCCAAGAAGCGGAUUAUAUGAUGGAAUUGUUAACCGUCCAAGGCUCCGUCGAUUACGACAGACUGCUGAAGGCCACCGAACGUCUCGAGGGUCUAAACGGCGAUUUGAGCGCUCGAGAAGUUCUCAUUGGCGAAUUACGUGCCGCUGCCGAGCCUCUGCGGGAGAGCUGCGCCGCAGAGGUCCGCGAAAGGGUCGACGCUGCAGUAAAUGAGGCCGUACAGGCUUGGGAGGAUACAAGGGCCGAAUUGGAUGUCCUUUGCACCCGAUAUCAACACGCGUGUAGGCUCUGGCAACAAUAUAGAGACUCUAGUGCCGCGGUGAAGGCCUGGGUAGACACCCAGAUGAACAGUGUGGUAAAUUUACCACCGGAGGAAGCAGUCAAGCAAGUUAAGGUUUGUGAGGAGACACUGGCGGAGCACAAAGAAAGACUGGCGGAACUGCGCGGUCUGGUGGCACAGAUCGCAUCGGACGUGGGUUUGGAUGCCGGUGGACCGCUGCACUGCGAAGUUGAAGCGCUAGGUCAACGACUCGAAGAUGUUCGAGAAACCUUGUCGACCCUCGCGGACACGGUGGAUGCCCAUGUCCUCAACCAGGAACUCGCGCGCGGUGAUCUAUGCCAGACGAAAAAUUUCCUGGAUUCGGUCCAACAGAGUCUGACGGCGGUGGGUCAAGGCGAGUCUAACGAACAGCUGACGGUGCUACGGAAUCAUUUACUCGCGUUAACUAGAACUGAGCCGCAGCUUCAGUCUAUCAAGGAUCGCGCGUUAGACGUUUCCGUGCAGGAACCGUCAGUGGUCGAGGUGGUCCAGUUAUGGCAGCGCGUAUUUCAAGAGACCUUCCAGCAGUAUCACCGAUUGUCGACACGACUGAUUCGUUCGCAAGACGUGAUCGCCGCGCUAAAGCUCUGGGAAGAAUAUCUGACGCAUGUGCAAGAUUUUCUCUCGAGUGGUAUGCCGGGUGAUUACAAUGGUUUGUCAGAGCAUCGGAAUCUCUGCGAGGUACAUCGAAAACUUUUGCCCGAACAGCAGGACCUCAUAUUGUCGGUGCGAAUGGGGGAGGAUCGUGAUCGAUCGGUUGCCGAACAGUUCAACGCCUUGACAAAUCUUCACAAUGAGACGUUGGCGAGAAUAUUGGAACGGCAUGUGGCAGUGCGCGACAGGAUAUCCGCCUGGGAUAGAUAUAGACUAGAUCAAGGGAAGUUGUUGACGUGGUUGAAAGAGGUUGAGAGAGAACGGCAGCGCAUGCACUUGCAGUUCAUUCACCUGAGACGGCUCGAUAAGAUUCUGCAAAGAAUUCAGGCACUAUUGGAUAAGAUGCCAGUUGGCGAGGCUCAGAUAGAGUCCCUUCAGGAACAGCAGGAAUACCUCCUAACUAAUUGUGACGAGGCGCUGGCCGUCUCGAUACGCAUGGAACACGCCGCGAACGCACAACGAAUCGCGAAUCUGCGAGCCGGUCUGGAAACCUGGAGGGAUUUUGUUCAACGAGUGCGGAAGUUGCACGAGGAGCAUGUCGAGCAGUCUGACGUAAUCGCCACGACUUUUCAAGAAGUCGGCCAAACAUUGAGUGCGGCCUUCCACGCGGGACCAAUAAGUCUAUCCAAAACGAAGGAACAACUUGAUUCGCUUGAACACCUGAGAACUCGUCUAGCUGACACGCAACGUCAUCUAGAGUCCCUUGGUGUCAUCACGGAACAAUUGAGGGAGUGUCUGAGUCCGAGCGACAUGAAAACAUUACAUCAACAUGGCGCGCUUCUGUCACAACAACACGGCGAUCUGGAGUAUCAAUUGGCCUUGUUAACCUAUAGACUCAAAGAACGCUGUGAUCUUUAUGGUCGAUGGGAGAAUAAGUUAAAUAAAUUAUUAUCGUGGAUGGAGGACGCGACGAUCAGAACACAGAACUACGACACGAUGGCGUUGGACGAACCUGAAGAGGCAGUGAAGCGACUUGAGUGUGAGCUGCAGACGGAGAUGAGUUUGAAACAGCGCGAACUCGAAUGGUUACAGAACAUCGGACAAGAGCUGAUAGAAGUCGCCGAGGAAACGGAGAAAACAAAACUCCAGCAAUCCUUGGCCGAAGUCAACGAGAAAUGGAAUUGUCUAAUGGCCGGCGGUAAAGCAAGAGCUAACAAACUGGUCGAUCUAAUUCAAACUAUGAACUCGUUGCUGAAAAGGAUAGCCGAUUUACGAACUUGGCUGACCAACACUGAAGGUCAACUAUCAGAAGUUAUCAUUAUCGAGGAACCCACGCAGAGAAGUAUUGAUAAAAAGCUUGAGGAUCACGACCAUCUCAAGACUACUAUUGAGGCUGAAAGCGGCAAUAUCGGCGAGGUGCUAAACUUGUGUGAAAUCCUGUUAAACGAUUGCGACAUGUGGAAAGCUUCCUUUAACACGGACGCGAUAAAGAACGGUAUGGAAAGUCUAGAGAAACGAUGGAAAGCUUUGUGCAUUAAAUCUACCGAGCGCAAGCGAAAAAUCAUGAUGAUUUGGAAGCUGCUGCAAGAGCUGGACAAAAUCAAAUGCGAGCAUGAACCGUGGUUAGCCAAAACAGAGAAAUCUUUGUUGGAAUUGGAGAACGAUCUUACAGAGAUGUCGAAAGAAGAGUCGGAGAAAAUUACUGAAAAAGCUAAAUCGAUCGCUAAGGAUAUCGAGGCGCAUCAGAAGGCCUUGAAAAUCCUCGAACAGAUAUUUGGGCGUCUGGCCAAGUCCGGAUUGGAUCCCGACAACUUUAGGUCGCUCACGGCCGAGACGCGGAAGAUCAUCGACAGGUGGUUGGCUCUCGAGACAAGAAUCAACGCUGUCAUCUCGAGUAUUCAACGGGAACAGAAGACUUAUCGCGAGUUUGUGUCCACGCAUGGUGCCGCGGUAAUGGGCCUAACGCAGGUGGAUGUCCGCUUAACGCAAAUGCAACACCUAGCCACGCCUGAGCAGAGAUCGUCUUUGCGACGGAGGCGUCAACAAUUGUGCGAGGUCGAGGAAGAGCUCGAAACUCAAAACGUUACGUUGCGCAAGGCAGACGAGCUGGCAUUGCGAGUCAUGCAGGAGAGCAAUCCUGACGACGUAGCUGCGAUUCAAGAGCUGGUAGACGAAUAUCAACUCCUGUGGCGGGAUAUCAAGGCGCGAGUGACCGCGCUGAAAGCGGAACUAGAGACGCAAGAAAGGUCGGAAGUCGAUGAGGCGGUGCAAGUGGAGACCUUGAAAUUUGAGCAGGACACAGCGGUUCAAGUAGACACCCUGCCGAGACUUGUCAGGAUAACCUCGUGUGACGCAUAUUUGAUGGAACUGGAGACUGCCCUGAACGAAUGCAAUAACGCCUUAAAUGCUCUGGAAGCAGCGAUAACACCUGAUCCCGUUUCUGGACCUGGGCUCAACGCGGCUGCUAAAACUAUCGCUAAACUGAUCGGAAGUUGCCAGUGCUCGAUAGAACUGGUACGCCACCUUCAUAAUCUGCUCAUGGAAGACGGCAAAUUGAGUUCAGGAGCUGCUAAAAGUAGCGAGGUAACAACACUAAUAGCUCGAUACGACACACUCAUUGCACUAGCAAGAGCACGUGAACAGCAAAUCAGAGAGCUCAGAUCGUCUGUCAGCGAUGCUUACGCUUUUCCAUGUAACCACGAUAGUGGCAGAUUGACCUGUCCAUUAUGCUCUCGCCGUAAUUGGGCUCAGCUGGACAAUGAUCUCUGGCGUUUGGACAAAUGGUUAGAGUACGCCGAGGGUACGCAGAGUGAGCAACACUCGCCACCCAGUGAUAUGGAACAAUUGGAGGACGUGAUUCAGGAUCAUCGCGAGUUUGUACUGGAUCUCGACAGUCACAGGAGCAUUUUGACGAGUUUAAAUAUAGUCGGUGCUCACCUAGCCGAUCACACCGAGGACACGGAACGUGCAAAGGAGCUUCGCGAUCGAUUGGCCGUGGCAAACGGCAGAUGGGAGAAAAUCUGUACGUUUGACGUGGAGUGGCAAGGACAGCUGCAGCACGCCCUCAUAACGAGUCGCCAGUUUUAUCGUAUUACGGAAGAAUUGUUAAGUUGGCUCGAACGCAUCGAGGUCAGCAUUCGGGCGAGCGAACCGAUCGAUCUGACUGAAUCUACCAAUAUCUUAGAAGCGAAAUAUAAUAAAUUUAGGGAAUUGCGAAGUGAUCUAGAACGUUGCGAGCCGCGAGUGAUAUCGUUACAGGAGGUAACUUAUCCUCUUUUGGACGAACAGACGGAAACCAGAACGCGUCUGCAAGAACUACGAUUAAGGUUCCAGUCGUUAAGAAGAAUCACGGGAAUCUACACUCUUAAGUUGGGAGCUGCCCUUGAGCUGGACCCGCGGGACGUCGGUCUCGCCGUUACGUCUACAUCUCUCGCAUCUCUCUCACACGACCUACUCGACGAAGCUGCCUCUGGGACUGCUCAGCCUCACGCCAACGGCACAGAUGGUGACGAAAGAGACCGGACGGUAGUGACACGUGGUUAUCGUUUCUUAGGACGAGUUCUACGAGUUUCUCUCCCAAUCCAAGCGCUGAUGCUGAUACUGCUUGGCGUCGCAUCGCUGGUGCCGUCUGCAGAGGAAGACUACAGUUGUAUGCUCUCUAACAAUCUCGCGAGAAGCUUCACGCCGAUAGCCUCCUAUCCGAAUGGACCGCCACCGGUGUAACAGUGAACGACGACGUCGACGACAUCCUCGUUACGCCGCGUGUCACCUUGCCAAGAUUUGAAAUUGAUACUUCACACGAAACGUUGGCGAGGCAAGCCGAUACAAAGCCGAUCAAAUUUCUUUACCUUUACCCUGCGCAAUUAGCAUUGAAAGAUAUGAAAUUCAAACUGCCCUGUGCUUGCUUCGCCAAUGUUUCCAUUUACUGCAGCCGCUGCAAUGCGCGUAUCGCAGGAAUCUUUAUAUAAUAUACAUAUAUUGUAAUUUUACAUACGACGAAUUUGUACGUAAGUUAUGUAACGGACCAAACGGUGACUGAGAAUAUGUAGCCGACGAGAAAACACACAUUCUUUAAUUUAUUAUAUAUAUAUAUAUAAAAUAUUGUAUAUUUCGCUAUUCAGCGCGUGCAAUAUCAUGCUUCCUUUCGCGCGAAGCGUGCACGGUUAAGUGUCUCAAUAUUAUGAUGGAUAAUAUCUUGACAAAGUAUUUGUUGUAAAAAUGUUGACUGAUUCGAAACGUUCGAAUGUGUGUACCGACCUUGUAUAUUAACCCUUCAGUUGCGAGAGACGUAUACAUACGUCUUGAGAAAGUUGCCUUUCAUUUGCGAGGAAAGCCUAUAUAUGUUUGUAGUUGAAGUUUGGAGCAUUGGAGCGAAAAUUAAAAAAUUGCCCAAAUUCAA